AAUAUUCCGAAGGAUUGCUAUCCAUCGAUUCGAUUGAUAAGACGCUGGUCGACUCUUUCCUAGUCGCCACUCGCAGGCUCGGAGUAACCACUGAAACGAGGUGACGUCGGCGCAACAUAUGCGUCAUAUGCAACCCAGUGUAUAAGGUGUGGUGUCGAGAGAACAGGUGUUAGGUAGCCGAGUCCUAAAGCGUGAAACUAGAAGGAAGGGGAGAAGAGAUCCCAGGUGAACUCGAGACAUGUCGAUUCCUGGGUGAUGAAGUAGAAGAAUAAUCUCCCGAAUAUGUCGUGGACAACCCCACCUAGAGGUAGUCCGACUCCUCCGAGGGUGGAUAGCCCAGGUGGUGGCGGCACUGGUGGUACCGGCGACACCGGCAGUCCUAGGACGCCACGCGGUGGCCGGCUGCGUGAUCGGGUGAGCUUUUUCGAACAGAUCUGGUCGGCUGGGCGUAGUCCUAGCACCGAGGAUCUUUUGGAGAACGCGGAUGCACGCAGAUCCUUUCAGUCGCCCACGCACCGGCGACCAUCCUCCAGAGCGAGCGACUCCUCGUUCGAGGAGAGCUUCGAGCGACUGGUGGAGGAGGGCGAGUUAAACGGCGCCAGGGUUGUAAAAUUUGAGAAAAUCACCGUGAAAAAGAGCGUCCGGGAGAUCAGUCUGGAUAAUGCGAGCGGCGAUGACACUGCGAUCGUUCAGCAACACAUGUUGACGGAGUCCAACAGGACUCCCAGCGAGGAACAUCCUCUCGAGGACUCGGCCUAUCAGAGUCAUAGUCACGGUGUGCAUAGUCAUGGCAGUAAAUCUAGCUCGGUUACUUCCUUUAUGAGAUUCCCCUCGGAAGAGAGUCUCUCGCAUAGGAGAUGCAGCAGUCCUCGACUCCAGCAAUCGGGCCCAGACGAUCGGCCACCCUCGGAGUGGUAUGCCGAGUAUCGGAAUCAGAGUUUCCUAAAUGUCGCAGCGAGAAUCGACUAUAUGCGCAGCAGAAGCGAGUACGACGCUCACAUUGCCGAGAUCAAAGAUGAACAAGAACGCGUGCAGAAAAAGACUUUCAUAAACUGGAUUAACUCUCAUUUGUCGAAGAGAGUUCCAACACUUCAUAUCAAUGAUUUAAUCGAGGAUUUGAAAGAUGGCACGCGUCUUCUCGCGCUACUUGAAGUUCUUUCAGGGGAGAAACUGCCCGUAGAAAGAGGCCGUAAUUUGAAGAGACCGCAUUUUCUCAGUAAUGCCAAUACUGCGCUACAAUUUUUACAAAGCAAAAAAAUCAAAUUAGUGAACAUAAAUUCAUCCGAUUUGGUUGACGGACGACCGCCAGUAGUAUUGGGUUUAAUAUGGACCAUCAUUCUGUAUUUCCAGAUCGAGGAGAACACGAGAGCUCUCGAAUACCUUGGACAAACUUGGGGCAGCCAGAGCAGCCUGGAAAGCCUUGGCACUCAAGGCUCGGCGGCAAGCGAAAGAAAACGCAUCAGUAGCGAAAAGUGGAAACAAGGAGCACGGAAAACCUUGCUUCAGUGGGUCACCAAUGCCUUACCCAAGGGUAUUAAUAUUCAAGUUCGAGAUUUUGGUGAAAGUUGGAGAGACGGAAAUGCCUUCUUAGCUAUUAUCGAUGCCAUAAAGGCUAAUUUAGUGAAUAUAGCAGCUAUGAGAGAAGCAUCGAACAAAACUCGGCUGGAAACAGCCUUCCAAGUCGCCGAAGUCGAAUUAGGUAUUGCCCGAUUGUUGGAUCCCGAGGACGUUGACGUGCCACAACCUGACGAAAAAUCGAUUAUGACAUACGUUGCCCAAUUUUUGCACAAAUAUCCGGAACCAGGAAACAUAGCUCCUGAUUCUUUCGCUGCCAUACAAGAAGAAUACGACACUCUUCUUAAUUGGUUAAAUGAGAGAGUCAGGCAUCUCGAGCAACUUGAUAGAAACAAUGCUUUCCCACAAAGCUAUGCGGAAUAUAUGCUAUUUAAAGCAGAAAAUGACGAAAAAUUAAUUAUAUACAAAAAAAUGCAAAGUUUAGUUGACACACUCAGCAUGAUAAGUAUUACUCGAGAUUCUUGGAGAGAUAUACAAAUGUUGUGGCAACAAAUGGAACUAUUUAUGCUACAUUGGUGUUGGUGUUUGGAUUCGGCAUUACCAGGGGAAUUCGGUGAAAUUGGCAGGUGGUUGGCGAAAGCCGAAACUCUCUUGCAUUCGGACAAUGAUAUACCGCAGGAAAUGACAGAAAGCACAGCGAAUAUAAUCUCGAAGAAGCUAGAGGAGCAUAAGAAAUUCUUCCUCGAUUUGCCGACUAUGUCAGAGAAAUUCCAGCAGGCCAAGAACUCGCCACUGGCCCGGCAAAUCCAGUCUGAACAAUUAGAAAACAUGUCCGCGCGACUUGACAGCUUGCCGAAUCGCGCAGCUAAGAGAAGAGUGAAAUUAAAAUUCUUAGAACACAAAUGCUGUUUGGUCGCUUUUCUAUAUCUCGUCGAGACCAAGUUGAAAGGCUGGAACAUUAAAUAUGGCACGGAAGAAAAAGUGCAUCAAAUGCUGGAGCAAUAUCGUAAUUUUGUCUCCCGAAACAGAAUAUUCCAGGAGUUUCAAAAGGCUUAUUUGGAUAUGCAGCAGGUUGCUGAAGAAUACAAGCGCGACGGUGAUAUUGAUCGUGAAGAGAGCUUGAAUAUCGAUCGCUUUAUGCGUGAAACGGCUGAUAAGUGGAAGAACGUAUCAAUGGACUUGCGUUGCGCCCAAAGCAUGCUCGAGGAAGUUGUCGCUUAUUGGCGUCGUUGGAUCACCGUUUCAGAUGAAUUCGAGGCAUGGUUACUUCACGCCGAGCCUGCUUUAAAUCUUCCAGAGGAGGAAAAGAUGGAGUUCUUCCAAGAUAUCAGCGUAUGGAAGGACAAACAUCAGCAAUUGUCGGAUACUGUGAGCUUCCUGAUUGCUACGUCCGAUGAAUCGGUCGCGUAUCGCCUGAAAGAACGUUAUGCAAAUCUGACAGCGAGAUGGGAACAGCUCUUCCAAGAAGCUAAACAAUAUAUGCAUGCAGGUGAUCUGAUUCGAACGAGGAAGGAUUAUAAAGCGGGGGUGGAGACUUUACAAAACUGGUUAAGAGAUGCAGAAGCUGCUUUAUCGAUCACUGGAUUGAACUCGACGGAACGGAUAAAGGCUUAUGGAGAAAAAUUGCAGACUCUUCAUAAUGAGGUUGAAGGCAUUGAAGAUCUUUUCAAGAAUAUCAGCAAAAAGUUUCAAGCUCUUAUUCAGGAUUUGUCCCGCGACGAAGUCGACAGGAUGAUGAACACUCUAAAAAAAGAGAAAGAAGUACUUGUUAAGGUACGCGCUUUGAUACCGAUGCAACUUCACUUGUACCAUCAAUUGCUAGUACAACAAGAAUCCUUAGAAGCAGGACAGAAAGAGAUAUCUGCAUGGCUGGACGAAUUCGAGAAUUUUAUGGCCAGUAUCAAUCUCGCAGGUGGCAGGGAUGCUGCACUGGCUCAAUUAGAUCGUCACAAAGCCUUCCUCUCGAGAAUGCUCUAUUACAAGUCUAUGUUAGAAUCUAAAAAUAAAGUAUUUGCUAGCAUUGCCAAGACCGUAGGUACUUGCGUCGAUGCGGAAACUGCCGAAGGUACAGCCACUCUGAAAGAGCUCAAUGAUCGAUUUGUUAAAGUUUCCCAGGCGGCACAAGUCUGGGAGCAACGUUUGCAAGAAUCGAUGCGACGCUGGACGAAGUUUAAGGAAUGCGAGCGGCAAAUCACCGAAUGGCUUUCGGUUGCGGAGACAAUGAUCAACGACAAACAUCUCGAUAAUCGUCAGUCCGUCGAUUCCCACAAAAAUUUCUUCGGUAAGGUCAAUGAAAAAUGGAUACAGGAUCUUGUGAAAGCUGGUCAAGAUCUCCAGAAUACAUUGCCAGCUGACCAGCAGCUGCCUAUCGCGAAUACAGUGGAGGCACUUCAGAAUCGUUGGAGAGAAGUUCUCACUUUCGCGCCACUUCAUCUAAUGAAGCUCGAAUUUCGCCUGGAUGAGGCUAGCUUUCUUCAAUAUCUCAAAGAUAUUGAAAUGGAGAUUAGUUCCGAGCAGCAAGCGCUCAUUAAUAACGAUGAUGUGGAUGGUAUUCAGCAGCGUAAUAAAGAGUUCUUCGUGAACCGUGGUACUAUUCUCGAGGUCGAGCGUUGUCUACAGACUCUGAAGAAGAUCAGCGACGCCUACAACAAACUUAAGCCGAAAGAUACUAGUCUGGCUAAUGCCGCGCAAAACGCCGAACAUUUGUGGGAAGAAACCGCACAGAAGGUGGAAAAUCUGAGAGAACAAUUGCGCGAAGUUCCGCAACAAUGGGCAGCUUACAGACAGAAAUUCGAUGAGAUGGUACAUUGGAUGGAUCAUGUUGAUAGUACUCUGAGAACUAUUUUACGCGAAGUCAACACUCUAGAAGAAUUCGAAAAGGAAAAGGCCAUAUUCCAGAAAAUUUGCUGCGAAGCUGAUAACAAACGCGAAGAGAUGAAAUGGCUGGUUCAAACUCUUGACAAUCUAACAUUGAAUCGUUCAGAUCGCGAUGCACUCACGGCACAACAAAAUUUGGAACAGCUGAUAACUCGUUAAAAUCUUAUACCGACGAUUGAAAUUACAAUGACAAAGACAGACAUCUAUUCGAAAAGUUAUACCUACCGAAAGGAAGUGCAUGAAGUGUGCAUUUUGUUGCGCAAAGUUCGCGAACAAUCAGAAGUCGAGAUUACGUCCGAAAUUCGAAAGCUAGAAAACGCGGUGGCUCAUCAGGAAUCUCGUCUUAAUCAAUUAGAACAACAGCGAGCUACUAUUGUCAGCAUGUUACAACGCGGCAAAGAUAUUCUUAAGGAUCAGCACGCGCCAUCCUUCGUUUCCUCCGAGAUCCAACAGUUGGAAACCAAUUGGAACGACACGUAUGGUCAAAGUAUGGAAAGGCUAAAAUCUCUGAAGGAUUCGCAAAAACUCUGGAACACCUAUCAAGAGCAAAAGGAUGAAAUUUACAAAUUGAUCGAGCAGGCCGAACAAGAGUUGCGACAAAUUGACUUGACAUCUUAUUAUGAUGCCGCUCAAGUAACUACUGAUCUGCAGAAAAAACAAGAAUUUAACGCUAAUUUGAGAAAAUCAGCCGAAGAGAUAAUGAGAAAAUUACGCGAAACGCAUAUUAAUCUUUCUCAAACGUUGACACUCGCACCGCCAAGCAAGAAGGAGACACUGGAAAAAGAAGUGGUAGAAACUGAGCAGAAGUUGGAACACACGCUAAAGGUUGUGCAUGAAAAAAUCGUUUAUCUUCAAGAACACAGUACUCGAUGGAACAAAUUUCAAUCAAAACUUAUGGAACUUCGAACCUGGAUUCAGCAAACCGCCCCUCAAUUAAUCGCAGAUAUCGAAGAUUCAACGCCUUCCCCUGAGGAAAGAGUUCGUAAAACAGAAAAUUUGCAAAAAGAAAUAAAGGAGAAAGAGCCGAUUUUAAAUGUCCUUAAAGAAGAAUCUCGGAAACUCCUAAAAAACGACGAUGAUGGAUUGGCAAAACAACUUCGUAACGACAUUGAAAAUAUUCACAAGGCGGUUGAAUCAUUGAACAAAAGCAUAGUAACGCAACGUGAAUUAGCCAUGCAAAAUCUUACCACAUGGAAAGAAUACGAAGAAGGUAUUCGAAAAAUAAAACCUUGGAUUGAAGAAGCGGAAUCUAAAGCAGCUACGAUGGGCAGCAAACCCACCACUCUAGCCCAAGCUACGCAAAUGUUAGAAGAGGCUAAAACUUUUGAAGUUCAAUGUCAGCAACAUCUUCCAAAGGUUCAAAAUUUAUCAAUGAUUAGCCAACAAAUAACUGGAAGAGCAGUGGCAUCUGAUGAAGUUGAUGCUGUAUACACACGAUGGAACGCAGUUCAUGAUGUAGCAGUGCAAACGAUGACUAAAUUGGAUAAAUUAGUCGCGUCAUGGAAUACCUUCGAGUCGGAAGCAAAAGAAUUCAACGAAUGGUUGCAAAAUAGCGAAGAAAAAGCUCUUAAAGAACCCAACGUUCAAACACCCGAAGCUGCCAAAUUGGAAAAGGAAUUGGUGAAAUUAAAGGAAUUCAACAAAAGCAUAUCCGAUCACCAGGCUCAAUUAAUAUCACUUACACAAGUUUCCGAUCACAUCAGCCAUGGUUUAUCGUUGGAUGCUGCCUCUGCGCUGAAGAAUCGCGUCGUCGAAAUGAAAACUAGAGUGAGCAAACUUGCAGAUACAGUUCGACAUCACAUUAAUCGUGUCUCUGAUUCGUUGUUGGCACGUCAAGAGUUUCAAAUGAAAAUCACCGACUUCGAAAACUGGAUGACGAGGCUGAGAUCCAAUAUCAACGAGAUCGAAGACAUGAACGUAGAUAACGUCGAUACUAAUCUACAAGCGGUGCACGCUUAUCUUCAAGAACAUUCGGAAAAACAAUCAACAUUUACGACAAUAUAUAACGAAGUGAAGCAAUUAUCAUCACAAGGUUCUGUGUUGGAAGCUGCUGCAUUAGACGAAACUUAUACAUCUUUGGCAAAGAAAUACAAAGCGCUGGAAGAUGAUUUGAGAGAAAAGAAAAACGGUUUGGAGAAGUGGACCGAACUUUUAAGUUGGCACAAUGACGCCAACGCACAAUUGAAUCAUUGCAAAUACGAGGCUGAAGCUAGAAAACCAGCUAUUGCUGAUCUUGACAGGCUUUCGUCGGAACUUCAAACUGUAUGUACAAAGAUCAACACUUGGAAGGAACAUGUUCCACUAAUGGACAGUACUCUGGGACUACAUAUUCGUGACAAACAACAAAGACCAAUUACUGCGACUAUUUUACUGAACGAACUCGAAUCUAAGGCCAUAACAUUAAAGACCGAUUUAUCCACUAAACGCGACAAGUUGGAGAAUCUUGGUGCUAAAUGGGAUAACUUCAGGAAAUUGCAACAAAAGAUUACGGAGGAAAUUGUCAAUACUCAAAGCAGUCUACAAGAUAUUACGUAUACCGUUGAUACUUGCAAACAACUCGCGCCGGCAAUCGAGAAGAUUGACGAUCUGAUUAAAGAGCAUCAGAGACGAGAACCAGAAAAAGAAAUUCUUCAUCGAGAAGGUGAUAACUUGAUAAAGGAAGAUCAACGAGCAAUAACUAAUAUUCAGGUGGUAAUUUCUUCGGUUGAAGGUAAUUGGGAAAAAGUCAACGAACUUUUGCAUAAGCAAAGAAAGCAAUAUGCCGAAAUGGACGCUGAUUGGAAACAGUAUCAGGAAGCCAAGGACAAGUUAAACAAAUCUAUCGACGAGGCGAAGAAUCUUUGCGAAUUGGUAAAACACGUGUCAACCGAUACCACCCAGGCGAACAUGGCUUUAGAUAAAUAUAAAAGAGCUUUGGAAAAUUUGAAAAAGGGUAAACAAUUUUUAGAUAAAAUGGAUGCUAAAGCACAACAGUUAGUGAAGGAGACGUCGUUAAUGCCGAAUUUCAAAGCUAAUGUAAUUGAGUCGGAUUUGUCCGAUAUACGAAAAAAAUAUCAUGAAAUUUACGCCAAGAUAACUGAUCGAACUCAAAUGUACGAAACGCAGGUUAUUAUCUGGAAACAAAUCGAAGAAGCCAAAUACCAACUUACAAGGUGGCUCAGUGAUACGAACGAAGCACUCAAUGCGGUUUGCGAAUGUUUACUUGACGCUGAAAACGGACAAGCGCGAUUAGCUAGAUAUAACGAAGAAUUGCCAACGUAUCAGCAACUUCGUCAAGGUAUCGCCACGAAGACUGAACAGCUCGUAAAAUUAAACGACGAUACGGAUAUACCGACAUUGAGAUCGCUUAACACUCUAUUAGAUGAUCAAUUUAAGCUUAUUAAAGAGACCGCAGAUAAACUCGCAUCAAUCACAUCAAUUUUUAAUGAGAAGAAGAAAAGUAUCAAACAGGAGUUGAAAAAAUGCAGUGACAUGAUAUCGAAAAUCCGCGAGGAGAUAAUCAAAUGCGACGAUUUGACUGGCGAGAACAUUAAGAUUCUGCAGAGAAUUAAUAAGUGUCAAGAAUUAAAAGCUGAGGUGGAGAAAUGCGAUUAUACUAUUUCGGAAAUUGGUGAGAGAUUGACGAAAAUGGCGUCAGAGUAUCCGAUUAUAUCAAAAUCCAAUUUGCCAAAAGAGUUGCAGGCACUACAACUUCGCAGAGAUGGUGUGGCCGGUCAUGCCGACAAAGUCAACGCCACUUUGGUGGCCUUUCUAACGAAACUCUAUCACGAGAAAUUCGGUGUUUUGCAGCGCAUGGUGACGACUCAUAAAGAAAAAGUAGCUUGGUGCGAGCCCGAACAGAGUAGCGAUCGCUACAAUCUCGAAGUAAAAAUGACCUCGCUGACCGAUGUCGAGGCUGGCAUUGCCGAUUGCGAGGCGAGAAAGAUAGAUACGGACAAUUCGUUGAAACUUCUGAGCACUGUCGAGAGUAGCGAAAUUAUUUCUACUCUGAAAAAUGAACACAACAAAGUCGCUGCCGACUUGGAAUCCUUAAAGGAUAACUAUUGGAAAAUCAAAUCUGUGCUGGAGGAGAAUAUUGCUUUAUGGCAGCGAUACGAACUCAUGUCGGAAAAUGUUAUUUCCUGGAUCAAAGAGUACGAAAAUAGAAUUAGAAUAGAAGCCACAACGCUCUUAAAUCCGGACGAAAUUGAUACGAAGAUUUCCGAAAUAAUACAACUCGAGACGAAGGUCAAGGAUUACGAGAAUGAGAUGAAGGAUCUGAUUGCGCUUGGAGAAGAGAUUACCAAAGUUAGUCCGGAUUCACGUGUGGCUCAAUACGUGGGACAUUUAAAUACGCGUUAUUAUUCAGUUCUCAAGUUCUUGGCUCAACAUUUAGACAGACUUAAGGAAUUUAAACAGAUCAAGGAUCAUUACGUUACCAAUGUGAAGGAAUUGGAAUCGUGGCUGCAAAAUGCGGAACAGAAAUUAAGAACCUUCGAUGAGAUCAGCGGCCCGAAGCCGAUGACAUUUUAUCAGUCGAAAUUAAAAGAAUUGAAGGCGUUUGAAAAGGAACGCGAAACUGGACAAGCUAUCUUGAAUCGAACAACGGAAACGGGUGAAAUGCUUUUUGUGAGAAUAACACCAGACUACAGGGAACUUAUCAGAAGUGAGUUAAGGAACUUACGCAACCGUGUGGAAGCCUUAACCGAUCGCACAAACGUAAACUACAAGAAAAUUGAGAGCGACAUGAUGCAUCGAUCUUCAUUCGAGGACAAAUAUUCCCAGAUAAAACAGUGGAUAAUUGAGGCACAGAAAAAGUUGGGAGACAAGCAGAUCCUGCUACCGACACUUCAAGAAAAGAAACUCGCCUUGCAUUUGUAUAAAACUAUCGCGCAAGACGUUGGAGCUCAUCGAAGUAUUCUGCAACAACUUCAGGACAAACUCGGAUCGACACCGGAUGACGAGGCCAGCGAUAUGCUUAAUAGUGUGAUUGAAGCACACGAUAAAUUAUCCGAGGAUGUAGCAGAUCGAAUUAAUGUGGCAGAAAAACACGUUGCCAAUCAUGAAGCCUAUUUUCAGACGUUUGAGAAAACGCGAGAUUGGAUCAAUACGAUAGUAAAUGAGACGGCGUCCAUCGCCGAGGAUCUGUCGAUAGAUCGAGACAUAGCUAAUUCCAAGAUUGCUUUAAUUGAAAAUGUGUUGCAGCAGAAGUCUGAAGGCGAUAGGAUUAUAGAUGAUUGUAAUCAACAAUUGAAUAUCAUUUUGGAGCAGACUUCGAUAGCUGGUCAUCCUGCAUUGCUAACAGGCUUCGAACAACAGAAGAAAGUAUGGGAGGAUUUCCUUCAACGAUGUAUCACGAGUAAAAAUAAAUUAAAUCAUCUAUUCGAUCAAUGGUCUGAAUUUGAAAGAAUGGUUGAAAAUCUAGAUUCCUGGCUCAAGCAAAUCGAGACGCAAGUCAAGGAUCAAAGCUUGAAAAGUUCUGAGGAAACGAAACGCGCGCAUUUGCAGAAGUUAAAAUCAUUAGAAGAGACUAUUAUGGCAAAGGGUGCAGAGAUCAACGCGAUAGUCGAGAAAAGUCAAAAUGUAGAAGCAGAUUUGGCUACUAAAGUGUCCCGUCAAGCUACCAGGUAUCAAGCCAUCAAGAAUCAAGCGAGGGAGGCUAUAGCAAGAUACGAACAAUACAUGAAAGAGCACAGUUUAUUUAAUGAGAGAUACAAUCAAUUUUUGGAUUGGAUCACCGAAGUUCAGGACGAGUUAAAAAAAUAUAGCGAGAUUGUCGGUGAUUUGGCGAUCCUACAAAGCAGGCAGAAACACAUCAGAAAUCUCAGUGAUGUCAGGACUCGCGAAAAUGUUCGUUUCGAAUCCAUUAUUGAUCUCGGCGAGAAGCUGUAUGUCCACACUUCACCAGAUGGUAGGGAGAUAAUUCGACAGCAGCUGAGAAAUCUACGCGGUUUAUGGGAUGGUUUCUCCGAAGAUCUACAGAACUCGACGCAGAAGUUGGACCAAUGUCUGAUGCAGUUUGCCGAAUUUUCUUUGUCCCAGGAACAAUUAACGGCUUGGCUGCGAGACGUCGAGCGCGCGAUGCAUCAGCAUACAGAAUUGAAAUCCUCGCUAGAGGAAAAACGCGCGCAAUUGCAGAACCACAAGAUUAUGCAUCAGGAGAUCAUGUCGCAUCAGACGUUAAUCGAAUCGGUUUGCGACAAAGCGCAACAGUUGGUCGAUCAGACUAAAGACACUUCGUUGAACGUCUACCUGCAAUCCAUCAAGCAGCUAUUCCAGAAUAUUGUUAUCAAGUCGCGAGAUUUGCUAGAAAAUUUGGAAGACUGCUGUGAGAAACAUCACCGUUUCAAUCUUCAAUGCAAAUGUAUCUCCGAUUGGUUAAGUCGAGAACGAGAGAAACUGAUCGAAUAUAAUGAUGUAACGGGCGAACGAUCCGAAAUCUCUCGCAGAUUAACGAAUUUGACGAUAUUGAAAGGCAAUCAGGCACAGGGAAGAGAACAUCUCGUGAGAUUGAAGGAAAUCAGUGAGGCUGUGUCUAAUAGUACUGCAUUGAAGGGUCGAGAAGUUAUACAUAAGGAAGUGAUCACCUUGGAAAAUAAUCUGCGUCAAUUCCUGAGUGAAAUUGAAUCUGUGGAAGAGCGACAGAAAACGGCUUUGGAGAAAUGGCAGAACUUCGAAGAUCAGCUGGAAGCUCACACAAAAUGGUUCCGUUCCAUGGAAGCGAUAUUCCGAGAUCAACAACUUCAACCCACAUUGAAAGAUAAAGAAGCACGACUUCGCGCAUGUAAAGAGGAACGUGAGACUAUCGCGCGAAAAGAACGAGAGAUAGACGAGUUUGUGGAUAAAUCACAUAAUUUACUACAAACAAGCAAUAUUGAACGCAUCAAACCGUUGAUUUCCCAAGUCACUAACAGGUAUCAGUCGCUGCAUGUGCUCAGUAAGGAAGUGAUAAAUCAUUGCCAAAGUAUCGUAGACGAUCAUCGUGCUUACGAAGAGAAAUUGACAGCCAUUGACGUUUGGCUUACACCUCUUGAGAAAAAUCUAGCCACCUUGAAGGAAGAUGAGAUCAGCGCAGAUCUCGAAGUGAGAAAUUCGCGUUUGCAAGUUUUAUUAGCUGAGAAAGAACAGGCUGAACGCCGUUUAGACAGUCUAACGUCUCUCGGAGAAAGAAUUCUUCCAGACACUUCCGCUCAAGGACGCGAAACAAUUAGACACGAAUUGCGACAUGCUCGUGAACGAUGGGAUCGCUUAGCCGAAGGUAUCACAGAGCAACAGAAAAAGCAGGAUGCUCAAUCCUUGCAAUGGUUCAGCUAUCAAGAGACUAUGCAACAGAUUCUGACUUGGUUGGAUAUGAUGGAACGUGCCAUUAAGCAAGAUUCUUCGAUUGUGUGGUCCUCUUUGCAGGAAAUAAAGUCGAAACUACUCAAAUUAAAGGCAUUACAUCAAGAGAUUCUGGCUCAUAAACGCAUUAUCGAAGGUGUUUCCGAAAAAGCGAACGCUCUGGGACAAGUCACCCAAGUUCAACCGGAUGUUCAUGAAAAAGUCACUUCAGUAUCGAAAAGAUACGAGAAGCUAAUAGAUACAUCUCAAAAAGGAAUAUCCAGCUUAGAAACAUUACUAAAUAUUUUCCAACAAUUCCAUGAUCUUCAGAAAGCUUAUCAAGAUUAUCAGAAACGUCAGUGGGAACGCUUAGCAAAUUAUAACGAUUAUACUGGGAACAAAACUACUUUGCAAGCCAGAUUGGCUAAAGUUUUAGAAAUACAAGACAGUCAGAGCGAAGGUGAGAUGAAAUUGAACGUUCUUGAGGAACACGUAAUACAAAGUGCGCAUAUUUUACCAUCUCGGUCACAGGAAUCUAUGGAAAGAGAUUUAGCCAAUCUUAGAUUCGAGAAUAAGAAAUUUGCUACAGCCGUAUGCGAUACGCUACAUUGCAUCGAAGAAAGAAUACAACAAUGGAGCGAAUAUGAAAAUUUGUUGGAACGACUACUUGCUUGGCUUUCUGACGCCGAAACAUCGUUGAAGAACUAUAGCCUGAAAAACACACUCGAGGAAAAGCAGGAGCAGCUUGAAAAAUAUCAAUCAUUGAUCGUGAAUCUUCGACAAAAUGAGGCUGAGUUCGAUAAAAUGAGCGACGAUUCGUCAGAAUUGAUGCAGAUUAGUGGCGAAACUAGAUUUUCUGUCAGCGUUCAACAAGUGACAUCACGUUUCCAAUCAAUUCAGGCAACUGCAAAGGAACUCAUAAAGAAAUGUGAACAAGCGGCCAUAGAUCACGCCAGUUACUUGGAUCGUUACAAGCAAUGUUCCGAAUGUCUAGCAAAUGCGAGAGCCAGUUAUCACUCUACCAAGGAAACUGCCAGUAGUACUCGUCAAGAGCUGAUGUCGAAUGUCGAUAUCUUGAAAGAACUUUUGUCCCGUCAGUCUUCAUCUACACUUUUGAUAAACACCACUGUCGAAGCUGGAGAACGAUUGUAUCCAACGACAGGCACGGACGGCCGAGAGAUUAUUCGUCAGCAGCUGCUGGAUCUCCAGCAAGCCUUCGAAGAACUUUAUGAUGCUGUUGCUUCAACCGAACGUGAAUUGCAAGCGAAGAUCUCGCGGUGGUCUGGUUUCAACGAAUGCAGCGAGGCCAUCGAAAACUGGUUGAAGAUCACAGAGGCUCAGUUAAAGCCAGAAAUCGAACUGAAAACUACUCUGGACGAGAAACGCGCUCAGCUACAAAUCUACCGCACUAUUUUGCACGAUGCUCAAACGCAUCAGCAAAAUCUACUAGAUCUCCGUGAUAAGGCGGAUAACUUACCCGAUCGCACCGACAGAAUCGAUCAAACGCUGAACAAUUUGACAAACAGAUACGAUAUAUUAUUAAAACGCGCGGCUAAAUUCGUGGAAAGAUACGAAGGUAUAGUGAGCGAUCAUCAGCAAUAUAGCAAGUCUGUUUUAGACACGCACGAAUGGUUGGAUGCCACGCAUAACGCCAUAAAUAUCUGGGGUGAUGUGGAGCUGGAGAGAGUGUCUCUACACACAAACCUAGAUCGUUUAAAAAAUCUAUUGCAUAGUCUGCCAGAAGAUGAGUCGCGAGUUCAACAAAUCAGAUUUUUGGGUGAGAAAGUAAUACCCGGCACUUUGGAAUCAGGACAGAUAAAUAUUCGUUCGCAGAUCGAUUCCUCACAGCAAGAAUGGGAAGGUCUGAUCUCUACCAUUAAAUUCACCAUUGAAGCGUUGGAAAACAAGCUCCAACAAUGGAACGAGUUCGAAACGUUGAAAGAGCGAUGUCUAGUGUGGAUGAAAGACACCGAUACAAAGUUACACGCCAUCGAUCUUAAAUCUACUUUGGCAGAGAAGAAGACUCAACUCGAAAAAUUGCGUGCUCUUCAAGGUGAGGUUCGCGCCAAGGAGUUGGAAAUCGAUGCUGUCGCCGAGCGAGCUCAGCAGCUUCAUAAGAAUAUUACUUCCCGCACUUCCUAUAUGUCAGAAUUGAGUAUCAAAUACCAACAGAUUUCUAGCAAAGUAAAAGAACUUAAUAACCGUUGGCAUCAAUAUGUCACCACGCAUCAAGAUUUUGAUACUCAACUAGUAGAGUGCACUACAUGGCUAACAGAUAUCAAAAACAAAUUGGCCUACUGCUCUGAUUUAAGUGCAUCCUCGCAGAAAGAUUUGGAACAAAAGAUGGAUAUCGUGCAAGCUCUAUUAUUGUACAAAGAAGACGGUUUUGCAAAAGUUCAGAGUAUCAUUGAAUUAGCCCAGGCCGUUUUAGCAAAUACAGCUCCGGCUGGUCAUCAGAUAAUUAAUGAUGCCGUAGCGAAACUUCAGGAACAGUGGAGUGCCUUAGCGUCGAAGAUGUUAGAGACAAAAACAAACUUAGAUGACUCAAUAAAUAAAUGGGCCGGUUUGUUGGAGCAGAUACAAUCUAUCAAUAACACGGUGGAAUAUAUGCAGAAGUCGGUUGAUGAGAUUUCGCAGUUCCAGACGACGAUGUCGGAGAAGAGAAGUCAACUGGAACGAAUCAAGGUGCUCGAAGAAAAAAUUCGCUGCGAGAAUAUCGAAGUCGAUGCGCUCAAAUCCAAGGUCAGUGAAAUGAUUGCGAGCAGUCAGCAAGGUUUGGCUGCCUCUCAGGCCCAGGACAUACUUAACAGAUUCGACGAGCUUUUCGAAAAGAUCAAAUCUUUAUUGGCCGAACGGGAAGAACAGUAUAAGGAUCAUCGUCUUUACAAAGAGGCUCAUGACGACCUCAUCGGCUGGCUCAGUCGGGCUCGCGAGAAAAUACCAUCUAUGAAGCAGAAAUCACUCAGCGAUAAGUUAGCGAUCGAAAACGCAGUAUUGCCACUCGAGAGUUUGUUGAACAAGAAAGCUCAGGGCGAAUUGUUGGUAGAGCAUUUACAACAUACAGGAAAAGUUGCCUGCGCUAGCACCAAUCCCGCUGGACAAGAAGUUAUCAGGAAUGAAAUACGAGCACUUACGGAAAGUUUUGAAGGCUUAUUUAAAGAAAUUCAGCAGCAAAAGAAUCAAUUGGAAGCUACUGUAAGUCAAUGGCGUGACUAUAAGGAUGAAUACGAAAGGCUCAGCGAUUGGUUACAACAAUUCGACAUUCUUAUUAAAGCUCAGAAAAAUGCUCUUUUGCCAAAUUUGGAAGAGAAGGAAAAGCAGGUACAAGAGGUGAAAAAAUUGCGCGAUGACUUGACAAAAGGUCAAGAGCAGAUUGAUAAAUUCAACAAAACAGCUUCUGGUCUACUUUCGUCCCAUUUAGACACUUAUGUUAACAAUCAACUGCGGCAUUUGAAUUCACGUUAUCAGGUGCAAGUAAAUCUCGUCAAAGAUGUAUUGAACAAAGUUGAGACCAAUCUGGCUCAACAUCAAGAAUACGAGAAUAAUCUUGAGAAAGCCAGUGAUUGGAUUAAGAAUGCCAAACAAAUCGUACGUCAAGGAACAGAAGCGGCCUCGAGCAGCAGUCGUGAAGAAUUACAAAGCAGACUUAACAAGAUCCAGGAACUGUUGAGAAAACGCGAGGAAGGUCAGAAUCUGGUACACCUGACCGUGAAUUGCGGCGAGAAGAUCAUGAGAAACACACGAUCGGACGGUCGAGAGGAGAUCAACAAUCAGUUGAAGGAGAUUCAAAACGAUUGGGAGCGACUGGUAAAGAAAAUCUCAACCACGAAGGUGCAUCUUGAAACGAGUCUGUUACAAUGGGCGGACUACAGUUCUUCGUAUUCGCAACUGCAACAAUGGAUCAACGAUCGCGAAGCCAAGCUACAGCAGGUGUGCGAACAGAAAGUCUCCAAAGCUCGGAAAGGUUUAGCCGGAUUGAGUUCUUUGGCGAUCGGAGAAAGAAAAGCGAAUUUACGACAGACGAACAGUAUCGUACAAGAUAUCGUGGCAUUCGAGCCUAUAAUUCAAUCAGUCGCUACGAAGGCUGAAGAUUUGCAACAGGCGACGCCGGCUACGGAAAUCUCGAUUAAAUAUGAAACUUUGAGCAAGCAAGCUCAAGAACUGUAUGCAAAGCAGAAAGAGACUGUCGAACAACAUCAAGCGUUCAUCGACAGUGGCAACGAAUUUAUUCAAUGGAUACGGGCAGCUAAAGAGAGACUCAGCAAGUGCUCAGAACCUACAGGAGACAAGGAAUCCUUGGCCAGUAAAAUCACGCAGCUCAAAGUUUUAGAAAGUGAAUGUCCCGAAGGCCAGAAAAAACUGGAGAAAGCUCUGGAACAGGGCAAUGCCGCCUGUCAAAUUGCAGAUGCCGAAGAUAAAGAGAUAAUCGAGGAAGAAGUGGCAAUUUUACAAGAAGAAUAUGAUAAUUAUGUAGAUUCAUUAAAUAACACGAAGAGUUUGCUCGAAGUCGGCAUAGUAAAGUGGACGGAAUAUGAGGAUCAGUUCUCCGAAGCUACAGAGUGGCUUACGCAAACUGAGCAAUUAGUUCAAACGUUUAAUAAGUUACAGGACAGUCUCGAAGAGAAGAAAAAUGUUCUCGAGCAAUUCCAAGUUCAUUUACAGACAUUGUUUGAUUGGCAGAAAGAAUUAGAUCGCUUAAAUAUGAAAGCUCAAAUUCUGCUGGAAACAUGCGCCGAUACGAGAAUUUCUAACGCCAUAACGCAACUCACCACCAAAUAUAACGCACUGUUGUCUCUCGCUAAGGAAAUCAUGCGGCGAUUGGAAUUGCAUUAUCAGGAGCAUCAACAGCACAAUACUUUGUAUCAAGAAUGCCAAGAUUGGAUUGAGCGCACGCGAGAAAAAUUAAACGAAUGCAAAAGUAUUCCUAGCACAUUGACCGAGGUUAACAAUAAAUUACACACGUGUAAAGCUAUUCGACAGACAUUGGAGCAAGGGCAAAACAAAUUGCGUUACGCUUUGGAAUUGAAAGAAAAAGUCAUUAUGAACACCGAACAAAACGGUGCGGCAAAAAUUCAAGAAGACACUGAAAACUUGAAGAGCGAAUUUGAUAAGUUAUUGGCCGAUGUCGAAGAUGUUAGACAAAAAUUGUCAGCGAGAACGAGCAUGUUAGAGGAACUCAACAAGAUUCACCGACUCAUCUCAGAUUGGCUGGAAGAAAUUGAAGGCAAAGUUCAACCAGGAGAUGCCUGCAGAAACGACCUCAGCGAGAAACGCGCUCUGUUGGAAAAAUAUAAGAUCUUGCAAAAAGACAUUCAUAGUUAUGGUGAAACGGUAGAUCACUUGAAGGCUCACCUUAAUGAAAAUCCCAGCAUAUCGAAAAGUCCUUACGAAUUGGCUAUCAAUAAGUACGACAGCUUAAAGAAACUGAUUUCCGACAAGAUUCGUAAUCUGGAAAAUCAAGUCAAGGAUCACGAGAAAUUCCAACAAGCUCUGAAUGAGAUAAAUGACUGGGUACGUCACACAAAGGUCGAGCUUCAACAAUAUAGUGAUACUCACGGUGAAAAGGAACAAAUUAUCGAACGAGAAAAUAAAGUCAACCAAAUUAUUUCAUCCUUACCGAAGGGCGACGCUUUGAUUUCAAAGAUGCUGGAGUUAAGCGACGUCGUGAUUUCUAAAACAGGACCCGAGGGUCAAGAUUCUAUCAAGCAGGACAUGAAACAGAUACAAGCGGAUUGGAAAUCUUUGCAAGCACAAUGCUACGAUUCGCAACGUACUCUAGCCAACUGUAUUUCAAGCUGGUCCCAGUUUACCAACGCGUUAGAUGGCAUGAAGCGAUGGAUAGAUAACUUCCAGAAGAAAAUCACUGACGAACAAGCUAAAGACAAUAAUACUCCGGAUGAUUUAGAACGUUGCAAGCAUUUAAUGGAGGAGGCGAUUAAACAGAAACCAAUCUUAGAGGACUUUAAUGAUAAAUGUGAAGCUUUGCUGGAGAUCAGUGCUUGCAGUUGGGCUCGAGAUAAGACGGUACAAUUGCAGUCGGCAUAUAUGUCUCUUCUAACUGAAGUGCAAGGGCUCGUCUCGAAGGUCGAAAAGAAUUUGGCGGAUCAUACCGAAUUCUUAAAAGCCAAAAAGGAGAUGGAAGAUUGGCUACGUACGGCUUACGGUUCAGUAGAAGAUUGCAUCGGUGUAGGAGACACGACUUGGGCAAAGGAUAAAUUAGAAACCUUGAAGCUGGUUGCAACACGCAUGACGGAAGGUCAACAUCUAUUAUCAACGUUGCAAAAUGCCUUCACAAAGGCAAUUAACAUAGCUCUUCCAGAGCAACAAGAUCAAUUACGAUCGGAUAUGGCUAAUCUACGUUCUAGUUGGGAACAAUUGAGCAUAGACCUCAAUACGGUGCAAGCGAAAGUAAAAUCGGUCUUGAGUCGUUGGGAGGAUCAUGCAGAUGCCCACGAUAAAUUUGCAAAAUGGUUAGAGGAGAACGAGAAUGUUGUAAGAAAUUUUUCGGACACAAAGGGCGAGUUUAGCGAGAUGAAAACAAUGCUCGAACGAUACAAGCAUAUUCAAGAAGAGGUUUGCGAUAGAAAAUCCGAUUUGGAUCACUUGAUGGAAGAAGCAACGGAAUUAUCAGAGUGGGCAAAGAAUGACAUGAUAUUGAAUGAAACGAAACAAUUUCUAGAUCGAUGGAAGGCGUUAAGCGAUCUUGCUGAUGAGAGGAAAAAGUUAAUAGAAAACGAAAUACAGGAAUACAAUACAUAUCACACGGCUCUGCAGGAAACAGAAAAGUGGCUAUUGCAGAUCUCUUUCCAACUAAUGGCACACAAUUCUCUCUACAUCACCAACAAAGAACAAACAAUCGAUCAAAUCAAACAGCAUGAGGCGUUAUUAACUGAAAUCCAGAACUAUCAAGAAAUAUUAGAGGAACUCAAGCUGAAGGGUCAUAGCCAAAUAAAUCGAUAUGUUGAUGCGAAUCCCGCUAUUAAAUCGACUAUAGAGACGCAAUUGCAGAAUGUGCAAGAUAGUUAUAAUUCUCUGUUAAAUACCGCUUUGCAAAUCAAGAACAGAUUAGCGGAGUCUCUAGCCAAAUUCCAGGAAUACGAAAACAUUCUGGAGAGCAUCAUGAAGAACCUGGACACGUAUGAAACGGAAAUGACUCAGGAACUAGAUGCUCCACUAGAUAGCUUGACUUCUGCCGAGCAGAGCCUCGAGACUGCUCGUACUUUGCAUAACAAGUUGCAAGCCGAGAAAGCUCGAUUAGCAUUAGCAGUGGAAGCUUGCGAAGCUGCGGCGACAUGUGUUUCUAGACCCGGAAGUCCUCUCGAUGCUCCACCUAUUCAAGUUCCUGCGAGGGAAGUUGAAGUUAGAACAAGACUCGACGAUCUCAUUGAUCAGAUGCAAACACACUUAGCAAAUGUAAUGAAAACUGUAAGCGAGCUUGAGGAACAAUCACAGCAGAAAAAGGCGCUUCGUGCUUGGAUUAAUCAGCAACGAGCACUUUGUGCCGAAUGGAAAUCAAGACCGGCAAAAUUGCGAGCGGAGGCUGCCCAGGCCGAAUUACAAGCAAUGAACGAGUUACUCACCAACGUGUGUGAACGUCGCACUCGUGCAUUAACAGAAUUAUCGAUUCAAGAUAAGGACCAAGAUAUCGAAGAGGGCUUGAAUAAACUAGAGGCCGAGUUGAUCGAUGCCAUCGCAGGAAAGCAAGCAGCGCAAGAUUUUAUUCAGAAAUACAGAUCGCAAGUGCAGGAUAUCCAAGGGUGGUUCGAUAGUCUGUCAAAAAAAGUCGAUGUAAUUGAAAAAGGUAGCGGAUUAACUAUCGAUCAAAAGAUUUCGAAUCUCAAGGAUAUCACGGCUGAAUUCGAGUCACAGGGGCCAGAGAAACUGGCAGAGAUCAAGAAACUAGGCGACCAGGUAAUGGAUUCGGUCAGCAAUUUGGAUUCUCAACAGAUCGAAGAACAAAUCAAGUCAGUGGAAAGACGCUACGCGGAUAUCAGCAAGAAGCUGCAAAGAAAAGCUCAGAUUCUGGACAUGACAGUGCAAGGUAUCGAAGCAACUAAGCGAGAAAUCGAGGAGAAUCGCGAAUGGAUUGAACAAAAGAAGCAGCAAGUGAAGAUGCCCGAGUUGCUUGGCUUUGAAAGCAAGCAGGCAGAAGAAAGAAUCCUCGUACUCAAGGCUAUGUUAAAAGAAGCGGACGGAAAACAACUGAUCAUCGAUACGUUGGAAAAGAGAGUCGUUAAUAUGCAAAACGAAUUGGAAACUAGCGAGCAACAACAAUUAGAAGCCGAUACGAGGGCUUUGCGGGGCGAACAGAAUGAGUUAUGCACCCUUUUAAGGGAAGAAAUAUCCAUCGUUAGUGUGGCGGCUGAAGCACGUCGUAAAUUAGAAUCUGAUAUCGAGCAAGCUCGAAAUUGGAUAAGAUCCAAAGGCAAUGAUCUGAAGAAACUUAGCGGAUAUUUACCUCUGAAAGCGUCGAAAGUAGAGCAAGAUAUUAUACAACAUAGGAAACUGGAAACGGAUAUCGAUUCUUUUAAUGAAGGCACUCUUAAAGACAUUCAAAAACAGGGACAUAAUUUACUGAAGGAUUGCAAUGCAGAAAGUCGCGUUAAACUCCAGGCCCUCUUGGACGAUCUGACUAAAGAUUACGAAGAGUUAAAGAAAGAGGCAAAGGAGAAGCAAGCUUCCUUAGCAGAUCUUCUUCAGGGCCGCAAAGCCUUCGAAAGUGAAUUCGAUAAAUGCCAACGAUGGGUCAAGGAAGCUGAAGUGGCUACGUCUUCCGAAUUGCGACCUUCUAGCCUUGAUAUUCUCCAUGAGCAACUUGCUAAGUAUGAUCGAUUAAAAAAGGAAGCGCAAGAAUAUGGCGAAGACAUAGAAAAGAUAAACCAACAAGGAAAAUCAAUUUUGCCAACCGUGAGCGACGCGGAUAAACAGGAAUUGAGCGAGCAAUUGAAGAACAUGAAGGAAGCUCACGGACGAGUAGCAAAUGUAAUAAAUGAUAGAGCGAUCGCGCUUCAAAAGAGCAUAGAUGAAGCUGAGGAAGCUGCCGCACGAGUGGCGGAGGCCAUUCAAUUCAUGGCAGAUAUUCAGAAAGAGCUGCACGAGUUGAAUAAGCCCAUAGGUGCUCGUAUAGAGGACGUGGAAGGAAUGUUAACUGCUUACGAAAAAAUUCUCGACGAUCUCAAGGCAAACAAAGCAAAAUUAUUCGAUCUUCAAUCCACUAACGUUGGAGAUUUACAUGGCGUGCUAGCUCAACAGGAUGAUCUAAUAAGAGCUCUCGAAGCGCAAAUAGCGAAACUUCGUCAAUUACUAUUGCUACGACAACAAUUUAUUGCCUUAAUCGCAGAGAUUACUACUUUUAUUACUAAAUAUACUGAAAUUGUUCGCGAUAUCGAGAAAUCCGGGCAAACGACGGAAGAGAAAAUUAAAAGAUACGACGACGCUAUAUUAAAAAUUCAAGAAUGCGAAGCCACUCUUGCAAGCGCGACAGACAAGGGACAGCAAAUAGCGACGGAAGGUUCAGCUGUGGAUAGGAACAAUGUGACAGAACAGCUUCAGUCAUUAAAACAACAAUUACAAGCUCUUCGCAGAGCAGUAGAGACCCAAAGAGAACAGCACGAACUGGCGGCAGCCGAGCAUAGAAGACUCGCUGAUGAACUGGCCGACAUCCUCGACUGGCUUGAGAGUAAAGAGAAAGAAGUCAAGUCCAGACCACUUCUGGCGAGAGAUCCAACUAGCGUCGAGGCAGAAUUGAAGAAACAUCAAACUCUCUGUACCGAUGUGAACGAGUAUCUCGAUAGGAUUAGAAAUUUAAAGCAAUCGGUGCGCCAUGAAGAAGGAAUGCCUGGAUCCUUGAAGGAGAUGUUAAGCGAAGCGAUGUCUCUGGUGACGUCUUUACCGCGAGAGAUGGAAGAGCGAGGAAAUUAUCUCGAGAAUAAUAUGCAGAUGAGGUUGGAUUACGCCGCUCUUACCGAUAAGCUUCAUAAUUGGGCUCGCGAAGCUGAAAUUCGGUUGGAGAGUAAUAAAGAAGGUCUCGAUUUUGAGAACAUUUUUAAUGAUCUGGAAGAACACAAGAUAUACUUUAGUACUGAAUCUUCGAUUCGUGAGCUCGUGUCACAACAAAUCCAACAAGCGGCGGACAAAAUUUGGCCUUCUUUAGACAGUUACGAGCAAGAAGAGCUGAGUGCCCAGCAACAACAACACACUCAGUUAUUGAAAAAUACUCUCAAUACAGCUAAAUCGCAACGUUCACGUUUAGAACAAGGUGCAGAGAUGUGGAGAGAUUAUACGCAGAGUUUGGAACGUGUUCGUUCUGUUAUCAGUAGGACUAGAUUCACAGAUGAACCGGUCACCACGUUAGCUGGAUUACAAUUCAAUAUUCAGAAAAUUACGCAUGUCCUGAAUGACAUCCAGAAUCAACAAUUCGAGCUGGAUCUAUUAAACGAACGUGGACAAGAGGUUCUUCAACUUGCAGACGCCAAUAAUAAAAAAGCAAUAGAAUUGCAGCUUUCAGAGAUCAGUGCAGAAUGGCACGAAUUAAUAUCAGGUUUUGAAGGACGUAGAAAUGCCCUCGAUGCGCUUUUACAGCAUUGGGAAGAUUUGGAAACGCAAUGGGCUCUCAUCGAAACGCGAUUAACUGCGAUCGAAGAGAAGAACAAACUUAUAGAUCCAGUGAUACGAUCGAAGCAACAUUUGAUUGAUACCGUUAAAGCAUUGGAAGAACUCGUAACGGAAACUGAAAAUCUUAAACCUGCGACGGAAGAAGUGAAAAAUUUGGCAGGAACUGUACUCGCGUACCUCGCAGCCUUUUCAGAAGCAUCAGCACGAAAUCUCGAGGAACGCCUCGAAAAACUACAAAAGUUCAACGAAUCACUCAUUGGCUCGCUUCGUGGCAAGUCCGAAAAGGCGAGCGAAGAUUUGGAGGCGCUCGAGAACAUUGAGCGUGAGAUCGAGCGUUUGCGGAAACGAUUGAACGAGGCGCGCGAAAGCGCCUCGAACUUAUACGUUUACGGCAUUGAUCAAGACGCAAUCGAGGCUGAACUAGGCGGCUUGCAGUCGCAAGUCGAGGACUUCGUCGAGACUGCGAAAAAAUUCUCAGGAAGCAUUAAGGCGCGGUACCAAGCUAGCCAGCAGCUGGUACCGAGCGACAUUACUCAGCAUUUGACCGCACUCGAACUCUGUGCCGAGGCAACAGCACAAGCGAUGGAGGAGAAACAGAGAGAGCAGAAACGAGCCAGGACCACCAGAUCGGACUAUCUGACCGACGUGGAUGAAGUGCAGGCAUGGAUCCGACAGGCUGAACUCAAGGUGCAAAACAGAUCGAUCGAGCCGGCCGUUCUCAGGGAACAUCUCAGACAGAUACAGAAUGAGCUGGGCACAAUCAGUGACAGGCUCGAACGAUUGACGAAAAACGGGCAAACCAUCAUUAAGAAUACAAGAGAUGACGCCGAGAAGGAGUUGAUCAACAGCACAAUCAACAAUCUCACCGAGCAGUUGGCGCAAGUCAAAAGCUGGUUGGAGGAGAAGAAACAAAUUGUAGGCGACACCUUAGAUGCCUGGCAGAGGUUCCUAACUCUUUAUGCGGAUGUUAAAGCAUGGACGGAAGAAAAGAAACAAUUUCUAGUCGAGCCGCUCAAGCUCAGCACCCUUGUGCAAUCCAGACAAAGACUGCACGAAUACUCGACGGCGGUCAAGAGCUGCAAGCAAGUGAAUAAAAAUCUUAGCGAUAUGAGUAGAGAAUUAGAAAAUAUCGGUCAGGUAACUAGCGUAGGGGAUUUGCCAGAAAAGCUGGCCGAAGCGGAAGAGGGCAAAGUACAGGUCGAGGGUCAGCUAUUGGAAAGGAACGCAUUGCUGCAAGAGGCCAGCGAAGAAUGGGAGCAAUGUGAGAAGAAAAUGAAGGACGCGCGAAAUUGGAUGGAGAAAGCCAGACAGACAUUGGAGUCGCCGCAGAACAAGAAGAAAUCGUUGCGCGAUCAGCAUGCGAUCCGCGAGAAAAUGCUUAGCGACAUCGCGAUCCAAAAGACGAAGAUCACAAUCUCGGUAGAGAAGCUCGAGGUGCACUUUAGGUCCGGUAUCGGCGGUGAUAACCGAGUGAGAAACGCAGCUGACGAUUUGAUCGCCGAACUCAAUGCUCUUCACAACACUGUCAAAGAACAAACCAGUUCUCUAGAAGUCUGUUUAGCGCAGAUAGAUCAAUAUCAACAGGAAAUUCAACAAUUGAGACAAUGUAUCGUGCAGGUGGAGCAACAGCUGAGAACAGUGCUCAGCCCGACGUAUAUGACAAACGAUCGAGAAAAGGCUUUCCAAGAGCAACAGCAGAGCCUGCAGGAACGGAUGGAAGAUUGGAAGCAACGCAGCAAAACACUGCUGGAUCAAAUAUACGCGGUAGAUCCGUACUACGUAUCUUCAAACGAAUACCGGCUCAUCGGUCAGGCCUCGUAUGCCGAUAUCGCAGCGGGACGUACUAGCCCGAGUUCGAGAAACUGUAGUCCGUACAGACAGCAACGGGAUGUUACCCCUUCUACCACGGUCACGCAAGUAUUACGACCUGCGCUUAUAGUUCAGAAAUCGACCGUAGAAUGUCUUCCAUUAAAUGAAGCACAGAUGUCCAAAGCACAAAUUCAGGAAAUUGACUUUGACCCCAAAACUUGGACCCCAAAACCAAAGACGCAACCACAAACUAAAAUGCAGGCGCAAUGCGGGCAGACAUUGGACGAUCAAGCUGCAAUAGGAGUAGAAGAGAAUCAGCAAGAUACGCCUGAAGUUCUUGAAUCGCCCGUAACUCAUCGAGGACGAUCACCUACGCGCAAGAUGAACUCGUCUAAUGGGAGAGGUUCGAAGGCGAUUCAAGAGGAACAAGUUGACAGAUACGACAAUCGUCGAUUUAACGCGACUCGCAGGCAAGAAGCCCGAACCGAAUCCUCAAGAAACAUUCUGGCACCGCGUGAAGAACAAAAAGGACGUUCGCCCAGUCCUAUGUGGGUUCCCGGUUCCACUUCCUAUGCCGAUAUCCUUCGCGGAUGUAUGCAGACGACGCAGGCUAACACUGCUUUUGCGGAGCCAGCCAGGCAAGAGAUGGUUCCUUUAUCCGGGGACUCUUCACGCUGUCGAACUCAAUCUCCCCGCACGGAACAAAUCACCGUGAGCUUCGCUGCGAACGUAGACGAAGCUCAACAAAUCGCCGAAGCUUCUCAAGUCGCGCCAACGCAAGAGACGCAGGUAGAAAAUGUACAAAUCGCGGAGGCUUACUGCCAAACUUCUGAAAUUUCCGCGAUAAAAGGAGAGGAACAAAGCUACGCCGAAUCUGGGCCGAGCAACUGGGCCGACAAAGACUUGGAAGAUAUGCUGCAACACGCCAAGCCUUACGAGAACGUGCCGAGACAGCCAGUCGCCGAGACAGUGCAGUCAACCGAGAUCUACGAUUAUAUACCGGAACCGAUGCCGAAGUUGAUAGGUUUUAUCGGGUCUCAGCUCAGAACGUAUCCAGUAAGUUCGUAUGUUUAUCCGUCUUCCGGUCAUCAACAAGUGCAACAGCUCGAUCCUACAAACUUGAAUCCCUAUAAUAACAGCUCUUUAACUUACGCGCCCGAGCAUUAUGUGGUGCAAACUGCAUAUCUCCCAACGUCGGAUGUUUAUCAACAAACUCCGAUGCAACAACAAUGUUCUAUUAAUGACGGGAGACACGAGAUGUUAGUAGAGAAGCCUAUUGAAGCACCAGUAGCUAGACAGGAAAUUCCCGAAGACGCGAUUAUGACUGAAUCUGUCGACAAAUCUAAACAGGAAGAGCUUGUAAAUGUCUCGGAAGCUUCUCCAGCCAAAACGGAAGGAAGAGAUGAGUUGAAUGAUAUUGAAACCAAAGCGCAAAUCUUUUCUUACGCGCAAAUACUUUCGCAGGGACUUAGUCCGCGCAUUACUUCAACACGUGUCACCAACAAAUCGCCGACCGUGGAUCAACAGAAUAAGGAGCAAUCCUCUCUAUCACUCAAUGAAUUAUCGCCGUUGCAAGAAUCGAAGUGCGAGGAAGAUUCGCAUUCGAUUUCAAAAUCCAAGCAAUUUAAACAGUCCAAGAAGAACGACUGGGACAUGAUAAAGAAACGGGAGACGAAAAAGAAGCAGUCGAAUGAAACUGAACAAACAGAUGAGAAAAAAUCUCGAAAGCUUGUUGAUAAGCCAAUAGAGAAACAGAAAAAGGAAAAAUUAAAUCCGUCGAAACAAUUGGAAACGCAAGACGAAUCUAAUAUCAUCAGUGAUAACUCAGAAAAGGAGAAAAGAGAAGAAAAACCAGUGCAACGAGAAAAACAAAUGAUUGAAUCCAAAGAUACGAAUCUGCUGAAAGAAAAGAAACGUAAGCAAAAGAAAAGAAAGGUAAACAAAUCUGUAGGAGAUGAAAUUGACAAAGCUCUUAAAGAGAUCGAAGAUAUGGAUAAGCAGAAAAUAAAAUCCCAAAGAGAAAAGCUUAAAGAUCAAAUCGAAGAACAAAACAAAUCUCAAAAUUCUGCUAACGAGGCGCUGGGAAAAUCUAAAGAUGAUGCUGAUAAAAAACAGAAAAAAUCUAGCGAAACAUCCGUGAAGUCAAGAAAGGCUAAAGAAAUAACGAAAAUAAAAGAAAAUGUAUUGUCAGAAACUACAUUGCAAAAUAAAGAAAAUAAAGAAGAAAAUACAGAAGAUACAAAAAUGAAAGUUUCAAAUUCUAACGGUGAAGAGAAAGUCCAGAAAGACAUUUCCAACGAAAUAUUAAGAAACCAAUCUCAAAUCAGUAACGAUAGCCAAGCUAAUUCUAACAAAUCCGAUGUUAAAACGAAACAUAAAACGGAUAAGCAUACAAAAGACAAAGAACAAAAUAAAGAAUCUUCCGAGAAUAAAGUCCAGAAACAAUCCGAUAUUCUAAAUAAGAAAAAUGAUAAAAUAAACAUAGAAGAAAGCAAUAUAACAGAAAUUGCAGAACUGUCAGUCGCUCGCAAGAUCGAGUUGGAUAAUGAGAAAUCAAAUACGGAAAAAAUUGAAAGCACAAAGAGACAGAAAGAUACUUCAAAGAAAGAGAAAAAAGCAAAAUUGAAAAAGUCAGAAUUCGACGCUGAGAGUAAUAAAAUUCAAGAAAAACUUGAAAAAGAUGCUAAAGAAACAACUGACGAUAAAUAUCUGAAGUCUAUUGAAUCAGUAAUUAAUAUCAAAACAAAAGAUUCAAAUUUAAAGGCACUUGACACAGCAGAAAUUGCAAAUAAAGUAAAUAGCAAUGCGAAAGAUAAAACUAAUUCUAAAAAGAAAGACAAAGCUAAAAGCAAAAUAAAAUCUGAGGCUGCAAUCGAUCAUACAUUAAUUCCGCCAAGCAAAGAUCUAGAUGAAACUAAAAUAAAUUUGAAUGACACGGAAAUCAAGGAAUCGAAAAAUCAAGAAAUUAAUGUUCCAAAAUCAGAACAGAUAAUCGAAACUGAAAUUGCAGAAACAGCAGAAAUAAUUGCCAAUCUUGAAAUUCCAUCAGAAGAAAUCAUAUUACCAUCUAAUAUACUUUCAAAAACACAAGAUACAGUACAAACUGAUAUUACGUGUAAAAAUGGUAAAAUAUGUUACGAUAGAAAUAAAGCUGAAGAAUUGACAGAAAAUAAAAAACUGGAACUUAACGAAGCAAAAUUAGAAACGGAAAACCUUACAAGAGAAGCCGCAGAUGCAAUGGAUGAGAAAAAAGCUAUCAGUAGCCAUAUUAAAAUGAUUGAGAAAACUGAGAAACGCGAGACAGAGAAACGUCAGAUGAAAACGGGGAAACACAAGAAAUCUCAGAAAGCCAAAUUGAAUGCUCAAGAUAAAAAUAAAAUAAGCAAAGAUGACAUUAAAACACCGCAGCUUGUUGAAAGCGAAAAUAAAUCUGUUGGAGAAAAAGAUGAAUUUAAUACCGAAUCUUUCUCAAAAUCUUCAGAUACAUCUGCGAUAGAAAAUGCCAUUCAAGAUCAAUCUGUAGAAAAAACAAAUUUGACUGAGCAUGUACCCGAUAACAGUUGUGUUACUCAAUCAAAAGCGGAUGCUGAAAAUAGCCUUAAUAAAAUAGAUGAAAGUGAGAAUGCGACGCUUGGCCAAGUUAAUAAACGCGUACCAUCUGUUUCUAAAAGUAAGAAAAAGGACAAGUCCAAGAGCAAAACUGUCAUUCAAUCUACCACAUCAGCAACUGAUAUAAAAGCUGCAAAGAAAGCCGAAUUGAAAGAUGUGGAUCAGACUGCAAUCGUCGAGCCAGUUACAUCAAUAACGGAAAAUGAACAUAGCAAAACUAUGGAGUUUAUCAAAGAUGCUGAUAAACCAGAAGCAGUCUCUACGUCGAUUGCAGAAGUUACAGUACUGGAAAAGGAAUUGACUGAUUCUACCGCAUUUGAAAAUUUACCUGAAAUUAUUUCUGCUACAGAAACUUCUCUUGCAUUAUCUGAGCGAUCUCCAGAAGUGGAUGAUAUGAAUGUGGAAGAAAAACAUGAAAUUAUCGAAGAAGGGAAAUUUGAUCAAAAAUCAAUUAAACAAAAAUCAAUUGUCAAAGACAACGAAGAUAUUAAGACCGAUAUUAUCGAUAAAGAUCUUCCAAUAAAAAUUGAAAAAUCAGAAAAUGUUGCGUCCAAAAAAGCAAUAUCGAAAUGCACGAAAAGGAAAGAAGUCUUACCUCCUAAACAAAUCACUGAACAGACAAAGCAUUCUUCUUCCUUUCACGAUAAGUUCCAAGAAACAAUUGUUUUCAAGGAACAUUUAAUAAAGAAAAAAGACAUUUCGGAGGCAAAAAUUUGUCCCAAAGAAGAAGAAUUAGACAAAAAUCCAUCUUCGCCUGCAAAAAUUGAUAACGUUAAGACCGAUGAGACGCAAGAAUUAUCAAAAGACACUGAAUCUGAAUCCGAUUCUAAAGUUUCAAGCUAUUCGGUAGGCGAGGCUGAAAUACAUGAGCAACACGAGGAAAAUAUUUCUAACAAUUUAGAAUCCGAGCAAUCGCCAACAGGAAAGGCUUUAAUCAUAGAAAAAACGGUUAUUACCGUAACCACUACCAGCACCAGUGUCCCAGGAUCGAUAACAGUCAAACCUGCCGAUGUCAAAUCCGUUAAGUCGGUGGAGAUUUUAGAAAAUAUACCCCUACCCAAAAUCGUAGGCUCCAAAGUUACCGAAUUGAUCACUUUGCGUCCUGAAACCGUAGAGGCUAGUCUCACCACUACUUACGCUAGGGUACCGAACGAUUUUCCCGCUUCUAAUUGUCCGGCACAAUCAGAUCAGGCGAUAAAUUUUGAAAAAAUAGGUUUAAUUUCCGCGAGUUCCACUGAGAACGUAACGACAUCCGAUGAAUCAGCUUCGUUAGAUAACAUGCAAAAUAGGAAGAUUUGCCCGGGUAUUUCGGAAAAAUUCCAUGAUGCAUCGAUCAUUGCGCAUGAGGACAAGAAAGAAGAACUUGUUACUCAUUUAGAUGAUAACGUCGAAAAACAGGAACAAUCAAUUUUAUUAAAUGAAUUUACAAUUAAGCAGGAAGAACCUCAUCAAUCGGACAUAAAAAUUUCUGAAGAAAAUACGGAGAAAGAAGAAACGUUCUCCAACGACAUUAUUUCACCGAAUAAUGAUAAUAUUACACAAAAUCAAGAUGCUAAUAAUUCUGAAACGGAUACUGCAUUAAUUAACAAAAUUAAUCAAGACGAAUAUAUUCCGAAUAUAGAAAAGAAAGAACCAGAAGAAAAUAAAGUCAGUGUCGAAAUAAUAACUCAGAAUAAUCAAGAAAAAGCGGUAGAUGAACCAACAGAAAUUGAGACGAAAUGUGAAGAUGCUCUCACAAUCAGUAAAAUAAAGAGUGAGAAUAUAUCCGAAAAUGUAAAGACAAAGAAGCAAAUAAUACCUGAUUAUUUAUUAGAUAUUAUCAAGCCUUAUGCCAUGGAUCGCCACGCUUAUAAUCAUGCAGAAAGUAAUUUCUACCGUCAUUUCAAAAUAGUCAAAGUUGUGAAAGAGGCUCAACCGCCCCCUACUGUAAUUCCAGCAAAAUCCGAAGAGAGAAGUAUAGAAAGAAUUGUACAAGAAUCAGUGAUGAAACCUAAAUCAACGAACCAAGGAAUGUCUGAAAUUAAUCGCAGAAGACACGCUCUUAUCAUAGAGACAUCAAAAUAUCCGAUCAGCAGUUUUUACGAGAUUGAAUCACAAUGGAUUAAAAAUAAGUCCAUCUCUGAAAAAUCUAUAUCUACAUCAACUGAUGAUUCCGAUUCUGCAGUAGAUAGUAUUGAACAAACUAUUGAAAAGGAAAUGACAAUAGAUGCAUGGUCAGCUGAAGAAACUUUACAACAAGAUGUAACAUUAAUUGACACAUCUGCUAAUACUAUAUCACUUACUGAUAUAACGGAAGAUAUAAAUAGUACUAGCAUUGAUUCAGCAUCGCAAGCAAUCAGCGAAAUUACAGAAUUAAAUACUUCCAUUGUAUUACCCGUUGAAAAAAUCAAUGAUAAUCAAUUGAUAGAUGAUGGAGCAAUAACAGACACAAAUAUACAAGUGGAAGAAGCUGUUACGAAAGAUAAUAUUAAGACCGAGCAAGAAUUACUAGAAAUUAAAACGAUACCAUCUAUAAACUUGAAAUCUGAUGAUGCUUGGAUUGAUCUUCUGGACGAGGAAAUAAUACUUGAUGAUGACUUUGACGUUCCGGAAACUCAAACAAUAACAGAUGUCACUUUGGACGAUCAAACUAAAAAUAAAGAAGAAGAUAUUGAGAAGAAAGAACCAAUUAUUGAAAAACGAGAAGAGGAAAGUGAAAAAGAAGCAAAGAUUGAAAAACCAGAAGAAGAGAAUGAAAAGAUAGAAAUAAUGAUUGAAAACCAAGAAGAAAAAAUUGAAAAGAGGGAAAUUAAAACAACACCAGUAAUAUCAUCUAUAAACUUGAAAUCUGAUGAUGCUUGGAUUGAUCUUCUUGACGAGGAAAUAAUACUUGAUGACGACUUUGAUGUCCUAGAAACUCAAACAAUAACAAAUGUCACUCUUGACGAUCAAGCUAAAAAUAAAGAAGAAAAUAUUGAGAAGGAAGAACCAGUUAUUGAAAAACGAGAAGAAGAGAUUGAGAAAGAAGCAAAGAUUGAAAAAUCAGAAGAAGAGGAUAAAAAGAAAGAAAUAAUAAUUGAAAAAGAAGAAGAAAAAAUUGAAAAGAGGGAAAUAAUGAUCGAAGAGUCGGAGGAAAAAAUUGAGAAGGAAGAGGCACAAAUUGAAACCUUAGAUAAUGCAACUCUAAUGGAAAUUGCUGUUAAGGAUGAAUAUCAUAUUGGCAUAGAAGAUAUUCAAAAUAAUAUUUUGUAUACGGAUAGCAAGAAGCAAAGCGACAAAAUGGAGAACCAGCUAAAGAAGAAAAAGGAACCAAAACAUAAAGAUGCAAAAUCCAAAGAUACAAAGAUUAAAUCUGCAUCUAAGAAACAAAACGACGUUGAAAUUAAAACAGAUGCUACUGAAAGCGAAACUGCAAAAUUGAAAGUUUUAAAUGAGUCUUUAUCGAAAGAAAAAGAUACUCUUGAUGAAGCACACGAAAAACCAUUGUCAAAGGAAAACAAAUCAAAAUCUAGUAAAAAAUCUAAGAAGCAAAUGGAAAAGUCUGCAAUCAAAUUGAAAGAUAAAUCAGCAAUAUCGAAACAUCAAGAAGAUCAGAGUAGCUCAUCUUCUACAACGGAAAUCGAACCGAAUGUACUUGAAACAUCAUUGAUUGUACAAGAACAACAAGAAUCAAUAGAGAAUAACGUGCCUAAAUACGACAGUCCAUUAAAUUCGAAUGCCAAAUCGUGGGCAAAUAUCGUCGGGACUAAAGAUGUAGAAACAACUAUUUUGAAAGAUGAUUCUUUGAAUACUCAAACAUUCGCUAUUAUUUGUCAAGAUACAAUAAAUGACGCCAAAAAUAUUGUGGAACAACCACAAGCGUCCGUCGUGGAUAAUUCGUGUGAAAUUUCAUCAAAACAAGAUAUAUAUUCCUCUCCAUUAGAAGAUCAAACAAGCAAAGAUAUUAACGACGAGUUAAAAACAACAGAUGAAACUAUCGAACCAAUCGCGGAAAAAUCUAUUGAAUCAAAUAAACAGCUUAAAGAAACCAAUAAAUCUUAUGCACAAGUCGCAGCCUCUUCUCGACGAACUCCUUCCGAGACUCAAGAAGAAAUAUGCGUUACUCCUAACACAUGUGUUGAACCUAUUCAAUUGAAGCUCGAUGAUAAAGACAAUGCAAAAGUAUCUACUUCCAACGAGAUGCAUGAAAAUUUAAAUACGGAAAAAUUAUUAGAGCAGGAUAAACAAGUUGAUAAAAUAAUGCAUCAAUCUGCCGAUCAAAAAACAGACAUAGCAAAUCCUAUUUUCCAAAACGAGUCAAUUUCUUGGAUAGAAGAAAUGGAGAAAGAAACAUCUCUCUCGUCUACUUGUGUUAAUUAUACUGAAUCAAAAGACGACGAAAUAUGUACGAAAGCGGAAACAUGGGCUGCAGUAGUUGGCAAAAAAUCGAUAGAAUUGCCAGACGUUAAUAAUGUUCCUAGUCCCGAGCAAAAUCUUUCUAAGCUAGAACAGGCUGUAGGACAACGACCUUUGGCGCAGGUUCAAAUUUAUGUACAAGAAACCUUGGAACCAAAACCGAUAGAGAAUUUGAUUCAAGUAGACGAACAAGGUUUCAUGGAAUUUGUCAAUCGAAAAGAAUUGCGCUCUAGACGUUCUAGAUCGCGUUCUCGAAGUGCUAGACGAAAUGAAGGACACGCAAUUGAAAGAGAAAUUUCAAAUUUGGACAAAAAGAAAAUUAAAAAUGUAGAAUCUGAAAAUAUUAAAACCAAGAAAAAAAUCGAAGAUAAGAAUAAGGAACCUACACAAAGUUAUGAAAAUGAACAAAAAGUAAGUGACGUGGAACGCGAUGAGUUAGCGAGUAUUAUUAAAAAAGAUGUUGUGCAAGAACUUGCUGAACCAUCUGAAAAGAUGAAUGUAUCUAAGAAUAAAAAUGCAAAGCGGCAAAAAGAUUCAAAACGUAAAAAAGAAAAUGAAAAAUUACUUACCGAGAGUGAAAUUCAGAAUGUUGAGAGUGAAACUAUUCAAGAAAUAAAGCCCGAACAAGAUGAAACAUUUGAAGCCAGAAAAAGUAAGCCGGAGAAGAACAAGCUUAGCAAGGGUCAAAUAAAACAACACACUCAAGUUAAUGAGCAAGAAGAAUUAACGCAUAUCGAAAAACCAAAAGAGGAGCAGAAAUUUGAGGUGGAAAUAUCUAAUUUUCCUUCAGAAAAUAUUGCGACUGAAAAUCAGGAAAUUAAAAAUAUAGAAGACCAAUCGAUAAAAGAAACACAAUUAAUUAAAGAUACAAAUGCGCAAGAGAAUGAAUGUAAAAAUGUAAAAACAUGUCCAAUUACAAAGCAGAGUAAUGUUACGAAAUCUAAGAAAAAAUCGAAAAAUAAGAAAGUAAAAGUCGUUACUGAACAAUUGAUUGAAGAUGUAUCCGAUACAAGUAAGGAAGCGGUUGUAACUGGAGAUUUGGAAGAGAAGAAGGAAUUAGCGGAGCCAAAAUUAGACGACGAAGUAAAAAUAAAACUCGAAGAAGCAGGUACUACAGAUAUAGCAUGUAGUAAAUCAACGAAUUCGGAGAGUGAACAAAUUCCAGCGGAGGAGAUUAACAAACAAGAAAAUAUUGAACAGACUAUGAUUUUUGAUAAAACUAUAGAACAAGAAAGCGAGCAGAACAUAACAGUUGACGAACCAAAAGAUACAAAGAUGUAUGAAAAAUCGAACAUAAAACCAAUAGAAGAAAAUAUAAUGAAACAGAAAGAAAUUUCUAAACUUACAAGAGCGGAGAAACGAAGGCAAAAGAAAAAAGCAAAAACUUUAUUGCAAAAUGAGCCAAGCGAGAAAAAAGAAUUUGAUGUGGAAGAAGAUGCUGUUCAAAACAAAUCCAUCGACUCAAUUGACAACACAAAUAUUACCGAAGAUAUUAAAGUCGAAAAAACAGUUGAAAUAACAGAAGAAGAUACAAAUAUUGCGUUAAAAGAUAGAAUAGAUGUUGCAUCUGCAGAGAAAAAUGAUCAAUCGUCAUCUGAAAUACAAACUACAAUAGAAACCACUGAGAAGUCUUCAGAAACAUCUAAAGCCGUAACCGAAAAUAAAACAUUACUUUCACAAAUAAAUCCUAUAAAAGAUAAAGAAAAAUACAAGAGUAAAGCUAAAGCAAAGAAAGAAAAACGGUCAAAUAAAUCCAAGCCUCAAGAUUCCAUAAAGACAUUUACGGCUGAUUCCACGGAAGGUGAAACUCUAUUUACUGCAGAAAACGUUGAGAUUAUAAAUGUGUCUAAAGAUGUAAUACCUGAUAUUACACAGACCAAAGAGGAAGAUGACAAAAAUCAAAAAGUAGAGGACGAAUCAACUAAAACUUCACAAAUUUUGAUAGACACAAUUGAUAAAAACGAUUCCUCUGUCACAUCAGAAACAAUUAAACAAGAAAAUAUUGAGAAAUCUAAAUUACUUUCAUCUUCUAUAGAAACGGAAAUAUCUGAAAUUAAAAAUCCGCCAUCUGAAAAGGGAGAUGAACUUGAAGAAAAAUCCUUGAAAAAGUAUGAUGCUAAAAUCGAAGAUAUACAAGAGUCUCAGGAACAAAAAGAUUUGUCAAAAUGUCCGACAGAAGAUAUUAUCAACAUUAUAGAUGAAAAUGCACCGACUACGAGCAAAAUGAUUGAUGUAACUGAAAAAGAAAUAGACUUGAAAACAGAAUCUACUUUCGAUUCCAGGGAAGAAGAAGAACAUGUUUCAAUUGAGAUGAAACUUGAGGAAAAUUUUGAAACAUCUAAUAAAGAAAUAAAAGAAGAUAUUAUUGAUAUUAUAACUGAAAAUGUACCGACUACAAGCAAAAUGAUUGAUGUAACUGAAAAAGAAAUAGACUUGAAAACAGAAUCUAGUUUCGCUUCCAGGGAAGAAGAAGAACAUGUUUCAAUUGAGAAACUUGAAGAAAACUUUGAAACAUCUAAUAAAGAAAUAAAAGGAGAAACGCAAGAACAGGAAACUUAUGAAAAACAAAUAGAAACAUUAGAAAAGAAUAAUGCUGCAGAAUCAAUAGUAGAUUCAGAAAAGAUGGAAACUAUCACGGAGACUGAACAAAUUAUUGAUCAAAAAGAAAAAUUCAUUAAACCCGAAGAAGCUGCAUCCGACUGCAACAUCACUUUGACGAUAGCUGAUACAAAAGAAACCGAAUUGCCUCAAAUACAAAAACUCGAUCCUGAAUCUGAUGACACUUUGGAAUUACACGAUAUUCCGAUGAUUCACAGAGACGUCACAGAAAUAAAAUCAAUCCCAGAUGAUAUUGAAAUAAAUAAAUCUGAUAAAAUUAGAAUAGAUCAAUCCAAUCAAAUUAGUGAUGUUCAGCAAAUUAAUGACACGCCGGUAGAAUCUUCGAGCGACUUGAAUAGCGCUAUAAAGCAUUCAUUACCCCUCGGUGAAUUAUCAUCGGCCGGGCAACACUCCUUCAAAGAUGAAGACGAGUUGAAACGCGUUGAGAGCAUCGAACAAGAGAACUUCGAUGUUUCAAUCGAGCCCCUGAAGGGGUCCAAAGUACAAUUCUACAUAGCGGAUGAGAUUUUAGUUUUAAGUCCUGACCGACGUAAGAACGUCUCAUCGGUAUCUUUCCUGCAGGAGCAACCUACGUCCAAAUUAUCUAAUUCGCAAUGCCUCUCCAUCGACCAUGGUUUUUGGCCUGACAAACGACGCUAUCACGAAGCUGAACGCGAUCACUUCGAGAACUUAGCCUUUCACAUGAAAAAAAGACUCUCACGCAGUAACGUCCGCGAUUCCGACGAUCGUCAUCGUCCCAGAGAUCGUGACGAUGAUCGCGACGGCGACAAUUCGGGCGGUAGAUCACGGGACACUUAUGGAGAUUCGCGUUUCUUUUUCGGCACACCCAAUACGGAGCGUAUGAUAGCCGAUUUGCCCGGUGGCAUAUGUAGCUGGAGAGACUAUAGCACUUAUCUAUCGAAUGAGAGCGAGCGAAGACCGGAUCAUAGCUUGUCACUUGACGUGAUUAACAAUCAAGCGAUCGAUUCAGACUUGUCGUUGGAUCGUUGCUUGCCAAACAAUGUCCGAUUGUCGUCCCCCGAUCUCCCUUUAACGUCUCCUCCUUCCCACGAUCCACGGACAGAGUCGUAUACAAAGUCUCUCGUAGACGCUUCCGAAGUAAAUCCGAAGGAGUGUCCCGCCACCUCUUCUUCGAAUAGCUUCCAAAGUCCCGAUCAUCCUAGCACUUGCAUCCAAUCGUCGACCUCCGCCCAUCUUCGUCCACGAUCCAAACUGCAUUUAGGUAAAGAGACGACGCAAGGAUCUGUGCAGCGGUGCAGUUCGGAUGAGGGAGUGGAGAAAGAAACGGCCGAAGACGAGAUUGAAAAGAGGAUACACAGGAUCCAGGAUACCGUUGAGGAAGGCCUCGCUUCUCUGCAAAUAAGAUUUUCAACUUUCGAAGAAACACUAUCUCAUUUGCCUGUGGACAGCAUAGAAUCCAUAUUAUCAUCUCUCAUGACCAUGUUGACGGAGCUUCGCACCUACGAUGAGGAAGUUGCACAACUUCAAAGUCGAUUACGCGAGAUUCCUGCUGAUAUUGAAUCUCAAAGACUUUUAGUAGCUUUGACGGAAAUUCACACGCGUGUUACUUCCCUUUUCAAUCAAGCGGAACAAGGACGGGCAGCUGUCGAACAGGCACGAGAAAGCCAAGAAAGACGAAGCCAAGAAAUUCAUGCCUACAAAUUAUUCCUCGAAGAAACAGACACUUGGCUAAGAAGUGUCAUAUCGAAAAUAGACGAACAGCAUUCGUUUAACACCAACAAGAUUUUACAGGAAGAAUUAAGGAGUCGCGUGCAUCGAGUCUCAGAACUCGAGUCAUUACCAGAAGUGAACACGCUGGCGAUAGAACUGAAGAAAGCCCUCGUGAGCACAAUUAAUCAGCUCUCACAAAAGCAGCAGGAAAUCUGUGAUGAGCAAGCACAAGCUGACGAUGAAUCGACAGAGAGAGAUAAUGCUACUCUGGACGAAGCACCUUCGAUUAAUUCUUCCCUGGGAGGCGGUCCGCCAUCUUUGGCUGAUGUUUCUUUACAAACGGGUCAAAGUUUAUUAAUCGACGACGUUGUAGAGAAGAAAGCCCAAUUCACAAAACAAACAUCUACGACGCAAAUUCCAUCGUCGACUACAUGUCAUUCUCUCACGACGCAGACAACGCAAGUUUUACUACCGAGCGAGGGUGCUCAAACGCAGGAGGCUAUAAAGAUCUUAAAAACCACGAAAGGUGAUCACGACGUAAUCGAGAUAGCGACCAAGUCCUUGCCAGCUAAUUCCAGCCAAGAACUAGUACAGGAACAACCUGGUGCCUUGUCUAGUGAAGACAUUGUCGUCAAUAUGAAGUAUCAAGAUGCGAAACAAACCGACAGCGCGACAAGUGAAUUAAACAUUGUCCAUGCUGCGCCACAGUCUUUUGAGACGGUUUUAGUCGAACCGGAUGACAUUACCACUGAGGUAGUUGUCGAUGCUGAUGGCACCAAAAGAAUCAUAGUAAGAAAAUUACGACGUACUACCACGGUCAGUAAACAAACUACGCAGCAGCACAUGUCUACUCUGUCGACAGCACUCGGAGACACGCCGUUGAUGAUGCAAGCUUUUUCAGAGGCUGCGAUGAGAGAUCAGCAAGUCACCGUAACUAAAACGAGACCAGAUGGUACCAUAGAGACUAUAACGAGACAGAUUUACGGUGGUAAAGUCACCACGGGCGCCGGCGAAGGUAUCAACGUGGAGGAGUACGAAUCCGAACCUCAGUACACGCACAUGGUGACGCAAGGCCAAAUAGGAGAUAUCAGUUGCCAACCGGUCGAAGAGGAAAUAUUGAUGGAGGGUGGUGAAUAUCAAACGAGGACUGCAAGCGUUCAUGCUGUGGUGCAGCAAGUCACUAAGCGAGUCAUCAAAAAGACGCGCAAAAUUAUUCGGAAAGUUACUAUUAUAGAUGGUAAGGAAACUACCACCGAAGAAGUGAUCGAGGAGCCCGAAGAGAUAGAGAUAAACGAGCAAGACAUACCGCAUAUUAGUAUCAAUGUGGUUAAAAACGAGGAUCACAAAAUAUUAGUUCCUGCGGAAGAGUCAACUGAAACACAACAGGAGAGAUCGGAGAUACCAAUGCCACAUACUUCCGAUACUUCGAUGCAAGGACCGUUUUUCGGGCCAUUUGCUAAGGAUAUGAUGAGUACGCGUCAAGAUAAAACGAAAGAAGAAAUCACAGAGAAGCCGAUGACGAUCGCGGAGAAAAAUGAUGACAUUAUGGAAGCUGACACAUUGAAUAUUGUGGAUGAAAGCGCGUCGUUAAAAGAACCUUUGACGACAGAGUCUAAGAUAAAAUUAACAGAUUCCGAACAAACUAUGGUGCAGGAAAUGCUCCCUUCUCUGGGAGAGCAUGUAUCGCAAUCGGAAAAUUUAACUAAUCUUCCAGAUGAUGAAAACAUUUCUAGUUUACAACGUGAUGAAAAUAUAGUGCCAAAAGAAAUGGAAACAGUAACGAUGAAAGAACACAAAUACGAACAUUUUCCUACUGAGGUAAAUGGCAUAAAUACACUCGCUGUCGAUAAUCAAGCGUUAAUUGAUGCUGAGCGAUCUGCUGUUUUGCAGACUCCUGUCGAAGAUGUCUAUGUUACACAUGCAGUACAGCCGGAAUCUCUAAAAUCGCCAUUAGAGCCGACCAUAACAGAUGACGAAUCGAUGGUUACCAAGACUACUUGUAAGUCUGACGAUGCACCAAUAAAAAUCGAAACACUCAAUAUCGAGCUAGAAAACGGCACGGUAGAAGUAGAAAUGCACCAUGAUGUUAGCAGCACUGUAGAAGCUGAUACAAAUGUCGAUAUAUCGAAUGUCAUUCUGUUAGAGGAAGAAGAUAAAAAGGAAGGAAUAUCAAAACAAGACGAAUUGUUUGAACUAUCCAAGAGUAAAGAAGAAGAUAUAACAUCGCAACAAUUAGAGCCACAAAAUGGAUCGAUCACUUUACCGUGUGAAUUCGAAAUUGAAUCCGACAAACGCGUAGAAAAAUCUGUUUCAAAAGAUGUCGAAGCAUCACUUAAAGAACGAGAAAUUUCAGAAUUGUUUAUGGAAGAAGAAGAUGAUAAUUUAAGGGAUCAAGCACUCAAGCCCGAGUAUAAGCCAAUAUUCCAUAAGGUUGAGAUAGCUUUAUCUGUGAGUAAAGAAGAUGAGGAAAUGGAACCAUUGGUCUCUAUUAAAACUCAAGCAGAGCGAUCCGAGAUUGUUCCAUAUAGCAUUGUUAAAGAGGAUGUGGAUAUUAGUCUUCCAACAGAUAAAAGAACGACAGGAAUAAUACAUGAUAAGAUCGUGCAAACCAGCGCUUUUCUUACAGCUGAAAAAGGAACAGAAACCUUACAACAGACGGCAGACAAAGUAAUCGAUGUUCAUAUCGAAUCCUCGGAGCAAAGCAAAUCAGACACAAGUCAUAAAAGUAGAAAAAAGAAGCGCCACAAAGAUAAGACAGAGUCUUUAGAAAAGCCCGUAGAAGAAGAAUCUAGCACUUCUAUCGCUACAUCGAUUGCUGAAUCUAUGGAGAUUAAUGUCCCAUCAUCUGAUUCGUCUAAACAUGCUAGCGAACAGCCGCAACCGGAUAUUGUGGAGAUUAUCAAAUCUAACAUUGAAUCGUCUUUAAGCUUAGAUGACGAUUUUGUGGCCGAAGAAAAUGGAUAUCAACCGGAUGAUAAUGAUGUAUUAUCGAUUCCAUUGAAAGAUGAAAAUAGCACGAAAAGAAAGAGAAAAACGAAGAAAAAGCAAAAAAUUCGAUUAAUUCAAGAUGAGGAUCUAACUCAAGUACCCAAAACUAGUAGUGAUGAUGCGACAUUUACAGAUGAUGGAUUUUAUUUAGAGAUUCCUAAAUCUGAAGUAGAAGAUAAUAUAAAAGAAAACGAUGAAAUAAAAGCAGAUAAAGCAAUAGAAAAAAAUAAUUUAGAAGAUAUAACGGAACAAGAAGAUCAGACGAAAGAAAUUAAAACCGAAGAUGUAAUGGAACAAGAAGAUCAGACGAAAGAAAUUAAAACCGAAGAUGUAAUGGAACAAGAAGAUCAGACGAAAGAAAUUAAAACCGAAGAUGCAAUGGAACAAGAAGAUCAGACGAAAGAAAUUAAAAUCGAAGAUGUAAUGGAACAAGAAGAUCAGACGAAAGAAAUUAAAAUCGAAGAUGUAAUGGGACAAGAAGAUCAGACGAAAGAAAUUAAAAUCGAAGAAAUAAUAGAAGAAGAAGAUCAGGCGAAAGAAAUUAAAAUCGAAGGUAUAAUGGAACAAGAGGAUCAGACAAAAGAAACUGAAACUGAAGAUAUAAUGGAGCAAGAAGAUCAGACGAAAGAAAUUGAAACCGAAACGAUACUACAACAAGAGAAUAUUAUUGAAUAUAAAGCUGUGUUAGAUGACGCAAACACUCAAACAACUGUAGAAACAUGCGAUGUUUCAACUUCACUUACUCCAAAGAUAGAGGAGAGCUUUUCUACAUUUAUACAAACAUCUCCUGAACCGCUACCGUUAACUUUAGAAGAAGAGAGUCAAACAGAAAAAACUGAAGAGAUUCAUAUUGAAACACAAACAAUUUUAGAACCAGAACUUGAUUUUAUUUCACAAAAUAUCGUGGAAGGAAUCCCGGAAGUCGAAGAUUUAGGCAUACAGACUAUGACACCCAUAGCCACGCCAAGGGAGGAGUUUGCUAUUCAAACUAGUCCAAUUGAGGAUGUCCCUUUUAUUGAAACGGAAAUGGAAGAUUCUCAAGCACAAACAACCGAAAUUGAUGUUUUUUCGACGGAAAUGCAGACUUCACCUAUUGAAGUAGCUUCAAUGAUAACAAAUGAAACUCAGACAACGAUAAAUACCGCGAUGGAAGUCGAGCAACAAACUACUCCACCACCAAUAGCAGAGAAAGUCAUUCUGCAGGAAAGUGGUAUGCAAACAUUACCUCCAGAAGUACCAGAAUCUUUGGAAAAAGAUGUACAAACAAGUGUCCCGACUAGUCCGGAGCAACCGAAUGUUUUGCAUGCAGAUACUCAAACAAUCACAAUACCGGCGCCUACUGAUACAAUUGAAACACAAACAACGCCUGAAGAAAGCCCUCGAAAAGUAGAGGCGGAAACUGAAAUGCCAAUAAAAUCAAUCAAAGAGGCUACCAUGCAGACCAGUCCAAUCAUUGUCAGUCCAGAACCUAUACAAGUAUGCGAAGAAUUUAUUCAAACCAGCCUCGAAGAAACGAAACAGACUAUCGAGGAAGAAUCGCAGACUAGUUCUCCAGCGAAAAUUCAAACUUUCGAUAGUUCGAUGCAAAUAGAAACAGACCUGAUACCACAAAUCGAAAAAAGUAUACAAAAUAUUCCUGACAUGUGUGAAAUCAGUGCACAAACAUCAUUAGAGAAAGACAGCCAACCAGUCGAGAUGACAUCGAUAUCUCAACAAACAACAUUAAUUUCAACUCAUACUGUUGAAACAUUUACGGAAGAUUCUAAAGUAGAAGAAAUUGAAAAAGAAGAGGCGCAGGAAACGCCUGUUUUAACGGAAGCGGACAUCUUGAAAGAGACGAAAGAAGAAGGAAUAAUAUUUACGGAAAUAACGGAAACUCCAGUAGCACCUGAUGUACAAGUACGAAAAAUAGAAGAAGUAAGAGAAAUGGAAGUUGCGAGUGACAAACCAAUAUCGGAGAUUUCCACAACGGAAAAUAUCGAGCAAAGAAAAGCAUCUGUUGAGGAAGAGAUGCACCAAUUUUCUGAAACACCUAUAGUAAAAGAUAGUUUAAAAUCAUUAGAUAUUAGCGCAAAAACAGAAGAAUCUACGAUACCAUCUUCGACAUCGGAAAAAAGCACUACUCCGGAUACAUCAUUUGAAAUCCACGUGCACGCGAGCAUAGAAUUAUCUGCCAGUGACACGCUCGAUACUGUUAGCAAAGAAACACCUGAUAGUUCGCAGGAGACAACAGUUGCCGAAGACCUCAACAACGACGCGGAUGUUGCAGAGCACAAUAGCAAAGCGAUUAAACGACAAAAAAGGAAAAGAAAACACAAGACCAUGGAAAUUAAUUUACCUAACAAAGACAAGUCGGAAUUUGAAUCCAUAUUUGGGCAGCCAAUGAAAUCCCAAGAUACUACCUUGAAAUUGUCUUAUUGCGAUGUAGCCAAGAAAAAUGUCAGCAGGCGAACAUCUUUAGUAGGAAAUAAUGAUGUUUUAGAUGACGUAGUACACGAAUAUUCUUCUCAAAUCGAUUCAGAUCAAAUAAAAUCGGAGGAUGUUGCAUCGGGAACUGUAGAAAGCAGGAAUCGAGAUAAAGAAGACAUAAAAGAUAUCUCAACUACCUCAGAAACAAUUAUGUCAGAUCAAUUUAUAAUUGAUUCAAAUCGUCACAUUCCAGAAACAACAAUAUCUGAAGUAGCAGCAGUACAAAUGCCAUUUUUACCUGAUAAACCGAUGAUGGAGUCGUCAUUGAUGUCGACGGACCAAGAGAAAUCAUCCAUAAUUGUACCUACACAAUUAUCUCCUGAACUAAUGGAUACCACUGACGAGCUAUUGUCACCCAUAAAAAUCGAGCAAUCUAUUUGCGAUAAAGAAAUCACCGAUUCGUUCCAAGCAGAGACCCCGACAUACGCCGAAGUGAUAUCGGAAUCGCACAAAAAGCUUACAUCAGCGUUACCUAGCACCGAAAUACACGAGAAAAAAGAUACGAAUUUAUGGCAAGAAUCCGAAGUACCAUCUCUCAACACUCUAUCUGCAACUUCUCUUCUAGAAAGACCUUUGGAAUGUGACAUUAAAUCGCAAUAUCAGAGGAUACCACAAGCGAUGCAAGCUGCUAAAAUAAUAACUAAUCGAGUGAAAAAUCUACAGAAUACCAACGAAUCGAGUUAUCUAGGUAACAUUUUGCACAUCGCACAUCUCGAACAAGUCACUACGGAAAAGCUUGUGGAGGAACGCUCUUCGGAUGUUCGCAAGGAAUUGGCGCAGCUAAGAAAUGCUAUUCAAGAGAACGACGUGAUAAUCAUCGAGGAAACCUUUGUCACUGUCAUCGAAACAAUCUCAAUUUGGUUGGAAACUAUUGAGUAUCGAAUCUUUCUAAACAAAGAAUGUCCGAGUGGACCUUCUCACGAGGACGUUAAAACGUUCAUCGAAUUGAGAGAAGAGAUGAAUCAUGUCAAGGAAAAUAUUUGCGAACUUGAUAACAUUUGGAAGCAAUUAGAGCCAAGCUAUCCGGAACAGGAACAUGAAAGAUUACGAAAAUGUAUGGACGCUGUUGAACAUCAAAUGAAAAUCAUCGAGCAUAUUACGAUUGAUGAAGAGGAACAUGCCAGCAAACAACUCGCAAAAUGGGACGAAUUUAUAAAUGGCAUAAACAAUGUGUAUAGGCUAGUCGAUGAACAACGUAAACAGCUCGAUUAUAUAAUUGAAAGUGAAAAUUCCACACUUUGGAAAUUACAAGAACUCGAUAAAUUGGAGAACACAAAUCGUUGUCACAUGUGGAAAACGAGUCAACUCCUCGAUGUUACUUGCGGAUUAUUGCACGAUUAUCCAGGCAAAGUUAUACCCGAUGAAACGUACGCUGCGCACGAAAUGACAAAGAUUAUCGGGCAUAAUGUGUACGUCGAACGAGAGCGUCUUCUCCAAUUGCUCGUCUUAGCUGAAGAAUACGAGCAAACACUUCAGGAAUUUGCGCAAAUUACCGAAAUUGCUGAAAAUCUACUAGACAGUCCGAUAUCGGUGAUGAGCCUAGAAUAUCUUCAAGAAGAGAUGCAAAAACACAGAAAAUUCUUCGUCAACUUAAAUCACUGUCGCGCGAUUCUCGAAUCGCUGGAAGGCAAUCUAGAUCCUGAAACCAGGGCCAAACAUUCAGAUCUGCAUAAAGAACUUCAUGAUAAAGCGACAGUGUUACUCGAUCAAGCGGCUUCAAGAGCGCAACAAAUGGCGUUGGCCGCGUCAAGAUGGAUGCUACUGGAGCAAAGUAUGAAAGAAGAGAAAGGAUGGCUCCAAGUUGCACAUCAACGUGUCCCUGAUCUCCAAACAGUGACUUCGACCGAUUACGAUCAAUACAUCUCUUUAUAUCAAUCUCUAUCAUCAGACGUAGCAACCCAUCGUGCACGAUUAAUUCAAUUAUUCGACGUGGCCUGUAGUCUUCGCGAUCUCAUCAAUAUCGAGGAUCCCGAAGAUCAUUACGGGGAAAUCUUAGAUGUGAUCGUAAAACUGCAAGAUAACAUUGAAUCCUCCUUGAGAAGACUAUUGGCCUUCAGAGAGAGUUGGAAUAAUCAAGAGACAUUAAUGAGUCGUGUGGAACAGUGGAUGACAAUGGCUGAGAAGGAGCUUGCCAUACUACGCGAUCCCUCAGGAAGUUCUAUGCGUCAAUUCUGGGAAUUGAAGGCACAAUACGAAGUUAACAACAACAUGCGUAAUGAAGCAGACAAUGGUUUCGAGCAAGCUUUACGAAUUAUACCUUUGUCGGACGAAAUAUUACAGCGACAAUUCCACUACGAAUUGCAAGGUCGUUGGAAGGAGAUUAGCAAUAAGAUCAGCGAGAUUCAGAUGGAUGUCACUCGCAGCAUUUCCUCGGAGGAGAUCUCAUCGAACGACAAACUGAAGCUACUCGAAAAGGAGCUGAACGAAUUACGAACAACUAUCAAUAGCUUCUAUGGGGUAUUGAAGACCAAAGAAGAACUCGACUUGUACAUCGAGAGACUCACUGUGCUAUUCGACAGAAUCUCUUUGAUUCAGGACGAGAUAGGUCGAUUGGGUCUUUUACCAGCAACGGAAAGCGAAAGAGUCGGAUUUUUACUAUCAUCGGCUCGUUGCAUAGAGGGACAGAUAAGCGAAGAGCUAGAUUCGGCGCAAUUACUUCGAGAAAAAAUUCAACUUCUUCAACGCGGAUUAAAUCGCUUCAGGAAGGCUUACAAAAGAUUGUCGACAAUACUGGAUCAAUGCGAGGGCAGCGAGAAACAAGAAAGCGACUUAGUAGCCGCGGCUGUGAAUCAAUGUCAAUCAGUCGCAAAUGAGUUGGCGGUUCUCUGGCAAGAUCUAAUGGCUUUAAGACAGACGCUGCAUAAUUUGCCGACUGGCAUGAGAGUAACAGUAUCGCCGGUAGGCAUCGAAAGGGAUCUAUCCAAUAUACAAGACGUUCAUACUGAACUCGAAUCGAGAUGCACGCGUCUGCUUUCAUUGCUGACGAAUAGAUUGGAGUUGUGGCGACGAUUCGAAAGACAGUUGGAAACUGUACAACAAUCUGUUCAAGAAGCGGAUUAUAUGAUGGAACUAUUAACCGUCCAAGGCUCUGUCGAUUACGAAAGAUUACUAAAGGCUACCGAGCGACUCGAGGGUCUAAACGGUGAUUUGGGCGCCAGAGAAGUUCUCAUUGGCGAAUUACGUGCCGCUGCCGAACCUCUGCGGGAGAGCUGCGCUGUAGAAGUCCGCGAAAGAGUCGAUGCCAUAGUAAAUGAAGCCGUACAGGCUUGGGAAGAUACGAGGGCCGAAUUGAACGCCCUUUGCACCCGAUACCAGCACGCGUGCAGGCUCUGGCAGCAAUAUAGGGACUCCAGCGCCGCGGUAAAGGACUGGGUAGACACUCAAAUGAACACUGUGGUAAAUUUGCCACCGGAGGAAGCAGUCAAGCAGGUCAAGAUUUGCGAGGAGACAUUGGCAGAACACAAGGAGAGACUAGCGGAACUACGCGGUCUAGUAGCACAGAUUGCUUCGGACGUAGGUUUGAACGCCGAUGGACCGCUGCACUGCGAAGUCGAAGCGCUCGGUCAACGACUCGAGGAUGUUCGGGAAACCUUGUCGACUCUCGCAGAUACGGUAGAUGCUCAUGUUCUCAACCAGGAACUUGCUCGUAGUGAUCUAUGCCAGACAAAAAAUUUUCUAGACUCUGUCCAACAGAAUCUGAUGACGGUGGAUCAAGGUGAGUCCAACGAGCAGCUGACAGUGCUGCGGAACCAUCUUCUUGCGUUGACUCGAACUGAACCGCAGCUUCAAUUCAUCAAGGAUCGCGCGUUAGAUAUGUCCGUACAGGAACCGUCGAUAGUCGAGGUGAUCCGAUUAUGGCAACGUGUAUUUCAAGAAACCUUCCAACAGUAUCAUCGUUUGUCGACGCGGUUGAUCCGCUCGCAAGACGUAAUCGCCGCACUGAAACUCUGGGAGGAAUAUCUGACACAUGUGCAGGACUUCCUGUCGACCGGCGUACCUAGUGACUACAACGGUCUAUCGGAACAUCGGAAUCUCUGCGAGAUCCAUCGGAAGCUUCUACCUGAGCAACAAAACCUCAUGUUAACGGUACGGCAAGAGGAGGAACAUGACAGGUCGGUCGCCGAGCAGUUCAACGCUUUGACUAGUCUGCACAACGAGACAUUGGCGAGAAUAUUAGAACGACACGGGGCGGUGCGCGACAGAAUAUCGGCCUGGGACAAGUACAGGCUGGAUCAAAGUAAAUUGCUAACAUGGCUAAAAGAAGUCGAGAAAGAACGGCAACGUAUGCAUCUGCAGUUUAUUCACCUGAGACGGCUCGACAAGAUCCUACAGAGAAUUCAGGCAUUAUUGGAUAAGGUACCAACCGGCGAGACGCAGAUAGAAUCCCUUCAGAAGCAACAGGAAUACCUUCUGACUAAUUGCGAGGAAGCACUAGCCGUUUCGAUACGCAUGGAACAUGCUGCGAAUGCGCAACGGAUUGCCAAUCUGCGUGCCGGCCUCGAGACCUGGAGAGACUUUGUUCAGAGAGUACAGAAGUUGUACGAGGAACACAUCGAACAGUCCAACGUAAUCACUGCGAUCUUCCAAGAAAUCAGUCAGGCGUUGAGUGCGGCUUUUCACGCGAAACCGACGAGUCUAUUCAAAACGAAGGAACAAUUAGAUUCACUUCAGCAUUUGAGAACUCGUCUGGCUGAUGCACAACGUAAUCUCGAAUCUCUCGGUGUCAUAACGGAACAGUUGAGGGAAUGCCUAAGUCCGAGUGACAUGAAGACGUUAAACCAGCAUGAUGCACUUCUGUCACAACAGUACGGCGACCUUGAGUAUCAAUUGGCCCUGUUAGCGUAUAGGCUUACGGAACGUUGCAAUCUUCAUGGUCGAUGGGAAAAUAGGUUAAACAAGUUGUUGUCAUGGAUAGAAGACACCACGCUCCGAAUGCAGGACUAUAACACAGUAGCGUUGGACGAGCCCGAGGAAACAGUGAAGCGACUCGCAAAUGAGCUGCAAGCGGAGAUGAGUUUGAAACAGCGCGAACUCGAAUGGUUGCAAAAUACCGGACAGGAGCUGAUAGAUAUCGCUGAGGAGACGGAGAAAGCAAAGCUCCAGCAAUCCUUGGCCGAAGUUAAUAAAAAAUGGAAUCACCUGAUGGUUGAUGGCAAAGCGAGAACCAGCAAACUAGUCGAUCUAAUUCAAACUAUGAACUCGUUACUGAAGAAGAUAAUUGAUCUACGAGCUUGGUUGACAGGCAUCGAGAGUCAGUUAUCGGAGGCUCUCAUAAUCGAGAAACCCAUGCAGAAAAGUAUCGAUAAGAAACUCGAAGAUCACGAAUAUCUCAAGACCACUAUCGAGACCGAAAGCAGUAAUAUCAGCCAAGUGUUGAAUCUGUGCGAGCUCUUGUUGAGCGAUUGUGACACGUGGAAAGCCUCCUUUAACACAGAUGCAAUAAAGAAUGGUAUGAACUACCUGGAGAAACGAUGGAGAGCUGUAUGUAUCAAGACUACUGAGCGCAAAAGAAGAAUCAUGACGAUUUGGAAAUGGUUGCAAGAACUAGAUAAAAUUAAACACGAGUAUGAACCGUGGCUGUCCAAAACGGAGAAGUCUCUAUCGGAACUGGAGAAAAAUCUCACCGAGGUCUCGAAGGAAGAAUCAGAAAAGUUAAUGGAGAAAGCUAAGUCGAUCGCUAGAGACAUCGAGGCGCAUCAAAAAGCCUUGAAAGUCCUCGAACAAACGUUCGGACGUUUGGCCAAGUCUGGACUGGAUCCUGAUAAUUUCAAAUCGCUCACGAGUGAGACGCGGAAGAUUAUCGACAGGUGGUUGGCUGUCGGAAUGAAAAUCAACGCAAUUAUCCCGAGCCUCCAACAAGAACAAAAGACCUAUCGCGAGUUCGUAUUCAUGCAUGGCGCAGCGGUAGUAGGCCUGACACAGGUAGACGUUCGCUUGACGCAGAUGCAACAUCUCGCUACGCCCGAACAGAAAUCAUCCUUACGACGAAGACGUCAACAGUUGAAGGAGAUUGAGGAAGAGCUCGACACUCAAAACGUCACGUUGCGAAAGGCGGAUGAGCUUGCAUUAAAGGUCAUGCAGGAGAGCAAUUCUGAUGACGUGGCCGCGAUUCAGGAACUGGUAGACGAGUACCAAUUAUUGUGGCGGGAUAUCAAGGGACGGGUAACCGUGCUGAAAACGGACUUGGAGAUGCAAGAAAAAUCGGAAGUGGACGAGGCGGUGCAAGUGGAGACCUUAAAAUUCGAGCAGGACACUGCAGUUCAGGUGGAUACUCUACCGAGACUUAUCAAGAUGACCUCGUGCGAUGCUUAUCUGAUGGAACUGGAAGCUGCUUUGAAUGAAUGUAAUAACGCCCUGAACACUCUGGAAGCAGCGGUGACGCCUGAUCCCGUUUCCGGUCCUGGACUCAACACAGCUGCGAAGAAUAUCGCUAAACUGAUUGGAAGUUGUCAGUCUUCAAUAGAACUAGUACGCCACUUUCAUACUCUACUCAUGGAAGAUGGCAAACUGAGUUUAGGAGUUGCUAAAAGUAGCGAAGUAACAACACUAGAAGCACGAUACGACACACUUAUUGCAUUAGCAAGAGCACGUGAACAACAAAUCAGAGAGCUCAGAUCGCCCAUCACUGAUGCUUACGCUUUUCCAUGUGAUCACGAUAAUGGCAGACUGACCUGUCCACUAUGCUCUCGCCGCAAUUGGGCUCAGUUGGACAAUGACUUCUGGCGUUUGGAUAAAUGGUUAGAGUAUGCCGAAGGUACGCAAAGUGAGCAACACUCGCCACCCAGUGACAUAGAACAACUAGAAGAUGUGAUUCAAGAUCAUCGCGAAUUCUUACUUGAUCUUGACAGCCACAAGAGUAUCGUAACAAGUUUGAAUAUAGUCGGCGCUCACUUGGCCGAUCAUACCGAAGACAUAGAACGCGCGAAAGAGCUUCGCGAUCGAUUAUCUGUGGCGAACAACAGAUGGGAAAAAAUUUGUACAGCUGCCGUGCAAUGGCAAGAACAAUUGCAAAAUGCCCUCAUGACAAAUCAUCAGUUUUACCGCAUUAUAGAGGAAUUGUUAGCUUGGCUCGAGCGCACCGAAGUUAAUAUUCGAGCCAGCGAACCGAUUGAUCUGACUGAAUCUACCAAUGUUAUAGAAGUAAAAUAUAAUAAAUUUAGGGAACUGCGAAAUGAUCUUGAGCGUUGCGAGCCACGAGUAAUAUCGUUGCAAGAGGCGACUAAUCAUCUUUUAGAUGAACAGACGGAAACUAGAAUACGUUUGCAGGAACUACGAUUAAGACUGCAAUCGUUAAGAAGAUUAACCGGAAUCUAUACUCUUAAAUUAGGAGCUGCCCUUGGGCUGGACCCGCGAGAUGUUGGUCUCGCCGCUACAUCAACAUCUCUCGCAUCUCUUUCACAUGACCUACUCGACGAAGCUGCCUCUGGAACUGAUCAGCCUCACACCAGCACAAAUGGUGACGAAAACAACGGAACAGUGUUGGCGCGAGGAUAUCGCUUCCUAGGAAGAGUCCUACGAGUUUCUAUACCGAUUCAAGCGCUAAUGCUAUUAUUGCUUGGCGUCGCAUCGUUGGUACCGUCUGCAGAAGAAGAUUACAGUUGUAUGCUCUCUAAUAAUCUCGCCAGGAGCUUUACGCCGAUUGCCCUUUAUCCGAAUGGACCGCCACCAGUGUAA